GUAAAACCUUCCUAGUACACGACCUCUCUGGUAGUCUUCUCCCUGAGUUGGAAGAGCAAGGCGCCAUGAGGAGGAAUGACUAUUAUAUCCCUGUAUCCGUUGAGGAGAAGGCAGCUGACUUUGGGAACACUAAGGAUGGUGGUGAUGGCAAAUACAACCGGUAUGACUCCAUCGUAAGUUGUCUUCUCUACAUUGGGAAUUUGUAUUUGUAUUUAUUAGGGAUCCCCAUUAGCUGCUGCCUUGGCACUGCAGCCUUGACUCUUUCUGGGGUCCAAACACAUUAAGGCACUUACAUCACACAUAAAACAAAAUAUAAAACAGUACAUCAUAUAACAUUAUUACACCACUACCUAUCUACAAUACAAAAUGUAUAAUACCACCAUACAACAAUAUUACAAUGUACGUGUGUAGAGUGCGUGUGAUAGCGUGUGUGUGCAUAUGCGUGUGUCUGUACCUAUGUGUAUGUAUCUCUUCACAGUCCCCGCUGUUCCAUAAGGUGUAUUUUUAUCUGUUUUCUAAAUCUGAUUCUACUGCUUUCAUCAGUUACCUGAUGUGGAAUAGAGUUCUAUGUACUCAUGGCUCUAUAUAGUACUGUGUGCCUCCCAUAGUCUGUUCUUGUGAAGAGACCUCUGGUGGCAUGUCUUGUUGGGUAUAAUACAAAAUAAUUUGACAUUUGUUCCUCAAGAUCAAAGCAUUUAAUAAAGUAGUUCAAAGUGUGUAAACAACUGAUGGGCAUAUCUAAUCCUGGGUGGAAUCUUUAUUUUAAUCCUCAUUCAUCAUAUUUACCACACUAAGAUGAAUUUAUGUGUAUAAUGAGUGUAUGUUAAUAACCUAAAACCAUUCAAAAUAAUCUCUUCAGCACUGUUCAACUGGCUUUUGAAGAAAGAAAUGGAGCAAAUAAUGAAUUCUCAUAGGAAGUAGCCCCCAUCUACUGCCCUGUGUUAGCAGUUGUGUAGAAAGUGAAAAAGUCAGAGUUGGUGUUCCUCUCUUGAUGAGGACUACUCUCCUAUCACUGUGAAGAUUGUAUGAGGUCAAACUUGUGGACCUUUCAUUUGGUCAGCGGGUCAUUUGGACAGUAAUUGCAGUCUUGGUCUAUCUAAUCACAGACACACUGGAAUGAUUAAGUGAGCUGAGAUAAGCACUUAAAGCAGGCAAGAAAGGUCAAGUACAUUGGUCGAAACGCCGUCAAUUAAAUCAGUGCGGAAUGCGGAUGUAUUGUUAUGUAUCAAGUGACUGCUAAAACAUACACUGAUGGAUUAUUUUUUUUGUGAGGACCUAUUUCCAGAAUUAGUUUAUGUAUUCAUUAUGAUAUAAAAAUGAUGCAGUAUUGUUGUUCAGCUAUCCUAUAGUGAACUUACGGGUGUUAUGUUCAAACCUCUCCCACAGGACUCUGCUGAUAGUGAAUCGGCAUGAUAGUUAGAUGGCUUAGCACCAGUAGCAAUACAGCUGUAAAGGUUGAUAUGCAAAUGUGUAAGAAGAUAUGCAUGCGUCUCUAGAUUGGGGGGCCUGUGGCUGAGUAAUAACACUCUUGAUAUGCAUGCUAGUUUUGCUCACAGCACAGAAGUUAGGAGGUGGGUGGUUGAAUUAAGGGUACUGGUUCUCUCCGUUCCUGUAUCUGUAACAUGUCGUAAUCACAUCCUUAUUUUCCCUGUGAGGAGUGACCUUUGCUGUGACUUCCUGUUCUGAGGGGGCUGAGGCUUGUCGUCCAGUGGGAUGCUUGUACUGAGAUGUUUCUCCAACGAAUAGGGCUUUUUUUGUCUCUCGAUUAUCAAAUAGGUUUGUUUUCCAUGAGGAAACUACUGUUUGUUCUCAAGGCAUGUUCCAUACAGUAUGUUAUUGAAAAAGCAAUGAAUUUCAAGCAAAUAAUUGCAGAGCAAAUAUUGUGUUUGGGUGUGCCUUACCGGUAGAGAGAAGAUACAGGUGAGGCCAUUCAAACUAGAGUCCUUAAACAAUAUCUACACAAAUGUACUUUGUGUUAAUGCAUACAAUCCAUUUUGAGUUAUUUUAAGGUAAAAAUACUUAUAUCCCUAUUAUAUAUCAAUGUGUAUCAUUAUACCUAACAGUUAUUUUGCAGUAACACAUCUACAGUGGGGAAAAUAAGUAUUUAGUCAGCCACCAAUUGUGCAAGUUCUCCCACUUAAAAAGAUGAGAGAGGCCUGUAAUUUUCAUCAUAGGUACACGUCAACUAUGACAGACAAAUUGAGAAAAAAAAUCCAGAAAAUCACAUUGUAGGAUUUUUUAUGAAUUUAUUUGCAAAUUAUGGUGGAAAAUAAGUAUUUGGUCACCUACAAACAAGCAAGAUUUCUGGCUCUCACAGACCUGUAACUUCUUCUUUAAGAGGCUCCUCUGUCCUCCACUCGUUACCUGUAUUAAUGGCACCUGUUUGAACUUGUUAUCAGUAUAAAAGACACCUGUCCACAACCUCAAACAGUCACACUCCAAACUCCACUAUGGCCAAGACCAAAGAGCUGUCAAAGGACACCAGAAACAAAAUUGUAGACCUGCACCAGGCUGGGAAGACUGAAUCUGCAAUAGGUAAGCAGCUUGGUUUGAAGAAAUCAACUGUGGGAGCAAUUAUUAGGAAAUGGAAGACAUACAAGACCACUGAUAAUCUCCCUCGAUCUGGGGCUCCACGCAAGAUCUCACCCCGUGGGGUCAAAAUGAUCACAAGAACGGUGAGCAAAAAUCCCAGAACCACACGGGGGGACCUAGUGAAUGACCUGCAGAGAGCUGGGACCAAAGUAACAAAGCCUACCAUCAGUAACACACUACGCCGCCAGGGACUCAAAUCCUGCAGUGCGAGACAUGUCCAACUGCUUAAGCCAGUACAUGUCCAGGCCCGUCUGAAGUUUGCUAGAGUGCAUUUGGAUGAUCCAGAAGAGGAUUGGGAGAAUGUCAUAUGGUCAGAUGAAACCAAAAUAUAACUUUUUGGUAAAAACUCAACUCGUCGUGUUUGGAGGACAAAGAAUGCUGAGUUGCAUCCAAAGAACACCACACCUAUUGUGAAGCAUGGGGGUGGAAACAUCAUGCUUUGGGGAUGUUUUUCUGCAAAAGGACCAGGACGACUGAUCCGUGUAAAGGAAAGAAUGAAUGGGGCCAUGUAUCAUGAGAUUUUGAGUGAAAACCUCCUUCCAUCAGCAAGGGCAUUGAAGAUGAAACGUUGCUGGGUCUUUCAGCAUGACAAUGAUCCCAAACACACCGCCCGGGCAACGAAGGAGUGGCUUCGUAAGAAGCAUUUCAAGGUCCUGGAGUGGCCUAGCCAGUCUACAGAUCUCAACCCCAUAGAAAAUCUUUGGAGGGAGAUUGAAAGUCUGUGUUGCCCAGCGACAGCCCCAAAACAUCACUGCUCUAGAGGAGAUCUGCAUGGAGGAAUGGGCCAAAACACCAGCAACAGUGUGUGAAAACCUUGUGAAGACUUACAGAAAACGUUUGACCUGUGUCAUUGCCAACAAAGGGUAUAUAACAAAGUAUUGAGAAACUUUUGUUAUUGACCAAAUACUUAUUUUCCACCAUAAUUUGCAAAUUAAUUAAUUAAAAAUCCUAUAAUGUGAUUUUCUGGAUUUUAUUUUCUCAUUUUGUCUGUCAUAGUUGACGUGUACCUAUGAUGGAAAUUACAGGCCUCUCUCAUCUUUUUAAGUGGGAGAACUUGCACAAUUGGUGGCUGACUAAAUACUUUUUUUCCCCACUGUAUAUAGCACAAGGGGAAAAUAUUUGUGCUUAAUAUAUAAAUGUGUAAACAUGACGGAAUAGCAUUGUAUUCAUGAACCCUUCCCCGCAGAGAAGGAUUAUUUCAGAGUCAAAGUUGUGGUGUUUGUUUAUAACAGACUAUAUGGCACACAUUUAGCUUUUCAUAUAUCAGCUGUAAUAAGAUGCAGUACAUUUUAUUUGACAAGGUCAUGAGUUCGAUGUGGACAAGUGCAGUACAUUUUUGAAAGAUGAAAAACAAUACAUGCGUCAUUUACACAAUCCUCAUCUGUAAAACAAACAUAUUUUUGACUCUGUAAAUGGGGACAAUUUGAACUACAACAUUUAUCAUUUAUUAUCCCUUUGGGUCGGGGGCCUCGCUGGGCCGGUGGCUCGGGGUGGGAGGGGUCGAGUGCACCCUUUGACAGGGGUGGCCUUGGGGAACUCCGAUCUGCCCUGUUUGUUUGCAUUUUUAGAUAUAAUUUUUAGAUGUAUGUUUUGAUGUUUUUGUUUUGUGAUGUGUAUUAUACAAAAACUACAAUAUUCCAUUUAAUUUAAAGCCUUACUUCAAUUUGCUGCCAAAUCCCAUUUCACACUAUAACAAAUCGUGUAUUUACGGAUAAUGAAGCAAUAAUGUUUUUAGGUCACAGGCUAAGACAAACACCAGUCUCUUUGUUACCAUAUGUUCCUCUAUGAGUCGUACUGUCAAAUAGUGUAUAAUUGAUUUGGUCACUGGUCUUCAGGUACUGUAUGUCCUCAUGAGUUGGAUUAGGACAUGUAGUAUUAUGAGAAAGUCUAACGUAAUGUGUUGCAGGUGCAAAUACUAUUUUGUCAUCUUUUGAGGGGCAUCAUUUAAUCUCUACAGAAUGAUUAAAUUCCCCCUCCAUGAAGAAGGCAGUAGCAGAGAUGGGGUUGAGUGCACUGAUUUAUCACGGUGGAGAGGGGGGAUUUGACUAGCCACAUGGCUUAAGCUUUUGCAAUUUAAAAGAUAAACAAAUGUGCAAACAACAAAUUCUCACAGGCUAGAAUUACACAUGCCUUGUCCUCAUGAUCUGCCAACAUGUCUCCAUUAAAAACUACAAUCCCCUUUCUCUCUCUUCUCAGCACUUGAACUCCCUCAAGUCAGAUGAGGCAGCCUCAGGCCCAAGGCAGGGGCCUACAUUCCAGGAUGGCCAGCGGCGGGUGGACUAUGUUCUCACAUAUCAUGUCCAGAAACCCCAGAGUGUUCGCCGCAAGACAUCCCGCUUUGCAGAUUACCGCAUCCUCAGGAGCCUGCGCCGCAGUCUGAGCAUGAUGAGAAGUCGGGACACACCACCACCCAAAGAAGACCCUGAGAUUGCUGCCUACAAGCAUCGCCUUGACUACCAUGAGGAUGACAAGCGCUUCUGCCAGAAUGAGUUUGAGGAUAACCUUCGGGAGAUGGGUCUGGAGCUAGAAAAGGAUGAGGGGGUGAGUUAGUGGCCUUCGACUGUGUCUUUUCCCCACACUUUGGAAAAACUCAACAGUAGAACAUCUCAAGAGGUCUUUUUGGAAUAACCUAGCAAUUAGACACCCUAACCUAACUGAUACCAAAAAUGUUGAUCGAACUAUUCUGUAGUAGACUCUGGGGUAGUAUUCAAGCCCUGGUGUGGUGGUGCAUUUAGCCUAGUCAGGUUGUUCCAUUGAACACGACUUAAUUCUCCAUUCCUCCUCCUAAUAUUGACUGGUUGACAUUUGUCCAUCUAUUGUUCAUGUAGCGAUUGUAUCAUCUAUCUUCAUACUGGAACAAAGCACAUUGACCUGCCUCUUGCAGUGAGGGUUUCCUGUGUUCAGUUAUGAUUUUUCAAAUCUACAAUAGCCCUGUAUUCGUCAAGUUAUUGAUCUUCACCAAAUAUACAGCACCAGUCAAAAGUUUGGACACACCUACUCAUUCCAGGGUUUUUCUUUAUUUUUACUAUUUUCUACAUUGUAGAAUAAUAGUGACGACAUCAGAACUAUGAAAUAACACAUAUGGAAUCAUGUAGUAACCAAAAAAGUGUUAACCAAAUGAAAAUAUAUUUUAUAUUUGAGAUUCUUCAAAGUAGCCACCCUUUGCCUUGAUGACAGCUUUGCACAUGCUUGGCAUUCUCUCAACCAGCUUCAUGAGGUAGUCAACUGGAAUGCAUUUCAAUUAACAGGUGUGCCUUGUUAAUUUGUGUAAUUUCAAGAGUUCAAGGAACAGACACAUCUCAACAUCAACUGUUCAGAGGAGACUGCUUGAAUCAGGCCUUCAUGGUCGAAUUGCUGCAUAGAAACCACUACUAAAGGACACCAAUAAUAAGAAGAGACCUGCUUGGGCCAAGAAACACGAGCAAUAGACAUUAGACUGGUGGAGAUCUGUCCUUUGGUCUGAUGAGUCCAAAUUUGAGAUUUUUGGUUCCAACUGCCGUGUCUUUGUGAGACGCAGAGUAGGUGAACAGAUGAUCUCCGCAUGUGUGGUUCCCACCAUGAAGCAUGGAGGAGGAGGUGUGACGGUAUGGGAGUGCUUUGCUUGUGACACUGUCUGUGCUUUAUUUAGAAUUCAAGGCACACUUAACCAGCAUGGCUACCACAGCAUUCUGCAGCGAUAAGCCAUCCCAUCUGGUUUGCACUUAGUAGGACUAUAUCAUUUGUUUUUCAACAGGACAAUGACCUUACACACCUACAGGCUGUGUAAGGGCUAUUUGACCAAGAAGGAAAGUGAUGGAGUGCUGCAUCAGAUGACCUGGCCUCCACAAUUGUCACGACCGUCAGGGUAAGGAGUAGACCAAGGCGCAGCGUUGCAGGCAAACAUACUCUUUAAUGAGCGAAAACACGAUCAAAACAAACAAAGACGGUAACGUGACAGUUCACGGUGAAACUAAACCAACUAGAAACAAGAACCCACAAAACCAAAGGAAAAACCGACAGAUUAAAUAUGGCUCCCAAUCAGAGACAACCAGCAAACAGCUGACACUCGUUGCCUCUGAUUGGGAGUCACUCAGGCCAACACAGAAAUACGGAACAUAGAUCUACACACCCUGGCUCAACAUAACAGUGUCCCCAGAGCCAGGGCGUGACAGUACCCCCCCCUAAAGGCGCGGACUCCGACCGAGCCAACUAAAUACCACAGGGGAGGGACCGGGUGGGCACUCCGCCUUGGCGGCGGAUCCGGCUCUGGACCCGAUCCCCACUUCCUCUCCAACCCCCCAAAGUACCCCUGGUCCUGUCUAGCCCCGCUGGCCGGAGCCGGACUGACGACAUGCAUCCCUGGCUUGGUGCGUGGAACAGGAACGGACCGGACCGGGCUGACGAUGCGCACCCCUGGCUUGGUGCGUGGAGUAGCAACUGGCCGGACCGGGCUGACGAUACACACCCCUGGCUUGGUGCGUGGAGCAGGAAUGGACCGGACCGGGCUAACGAUGCGCACCCCUGGCUUGGUGCGUGGAGUAGCAACUGGCCGGACCGGGCUGACGAUACGCACCCCUGGCUUGGUGCGUGGAGCAGGAAUGGGCCGGACUGGGCUGGCGACGCGCACCACAGACUUGGUGCAGAGAGCAGAAACGAGCCGGACAGGGCUGACGAAACGCACCACAGACUUGGUGCGGGGAGCAGGAACAGGCCGGACCGGGCUGGCGACGCGCACCACAGGUUUGGUGCGGGGAGCAGGAACAGGCCGGGCCGGGCUGGCGACGCGCACCACAGACUUGGUGCGGAGAGCAGGAACGGGCCGGACAGGGCUGACGAAACGCACCACAGACUUGGUGUGGGGAGCAGGAACAGGCCGGACCGGGCUGGCGACGCGCACCACAGGUUUGGUGCAGGGAGCAGGAACAGGCCGGGCCGGGCUGGCGACGCGCACCAUAGGCUCGGUGCGGGAAGCAGGAACAGGCCGGGCCGGGCUGACGACACGCACCACAGGCUCGAUGCGAGGAACAGGAACAGGCCGGACCGUACUGGGGACACACACCACUGGCCCUACGCAGGGAUCAGGAACGGGCCGGACCGGACUGGUAACACACCCCAGUACCUCUCGCCGUGCCUCCACACUUUCCCUCUCCUCUGUGACCAGUGGCCCCCUUAACCUGGCGGCCUCCUCUGCACACCCGCUGGACCGCUCCAUCGCGGCCUCCUGCUGCCCCGUCGUCCACGUCGUGAGCCCCCCCCUAAAAAUUUUCUGGGGUUCUCUCCUCCCCGUGGACCAGGCCUCCCUAGUUCUCGCCAGACUCUCACUCUUCUGCUUCCAACUCCCGCUAUUCAGCUCCUCAAUUGGCUUGACCCAGUCGAAACUCUUAAUCCAUUGCUCCAUAGACCAGCCUCUCUUCUCUUCACUUAGCGGGGCCCAGUCGAAACUCCUACUCCACUGAUCCCAGGUCCUUCCUCUCUCCUCUUCACGCUGCUUGGUCCAGUUUAGGUGGGUUCUUCUGUCACGACCGUCAGGGUAAGGAGUAGACCAAGGCGCAGCGUUGCAGGCAAACAUACUCUUUAAUGAGCGAAAACACGAUCAAAACAAACAAAGACGGUAACGUGACAGUUCACGGUGAAACUAAACCAACUAGAAACAAGAACCCACAAAACCAAAGGAAAAACCGACAGAUUAAAUAUGGCUCCCAAUCAGAGACAACCAGCAAACAGCUGACACUCGUUGCCUCUGAUUGGGAGUCACUCAGGCCAACGCAGAAAUACGGAACAUAGAUCUACACACCCUGGCUCAACAUAACAGUGUCCCCAGAGCCAGGGCGUGACAACAAUCACUUGACCUCAACCCAAUUGAGAUGGUUUGGGAUGAGUUGGACCGCAGAGUGAAGGAAAGCAGCCAACAAGUGCUCAGCAUAUGUGGGAACUCCUUCAAGACUGUUGGAAAAGCAUUCCAGGUGAAGCUGGUUGAGAGAAUGCCAAGAGUGUGCAAAGCUGUCAUCAAGGCAAAGGGUGGCUACUUUGAAGAAUCUCAAAUAGAAAAUAUAUUUUGAUUUGUUUAACACUUUUUUGGUUACUACAUGAUUCCAUAUGUGUUAUUUCAUAGUUUUGAUGUCUUCACUAUUAUCCUACAAUGUAGAAAAUAGUAAAAAAUAAAUAAAAACCCUUGAAUGAGUAGGUGUCCAAACCUUUGACUGGUACUGUAUAUCUGAUAAGAAAGGACAGCAUGUGUAAUAUAUUUUCUCUACAAUGGGAGUAAUUAUUUUCAGCCUUACAUGCAAAAAGAGGCCUAAUGUCAUAGGUUAUUACAUACACCAUAGAGAGUGGCUAUUGACCCAUUAAUCAUUACUCAUUUAUCAUAAAUCAUUACAUUGAUCAAGACACAAGAUACAUUGUGUCUCCUAUUCAGAUUGAAAUACCUUUACAGUAUAAAACAUGUUUGGGAUUUAAAAACCAUGGGAAAUUGCCCUGUAUGAAAGACUAAUGGUAAGGCCAUAGUUCCUAACCACUCCAUUUUGCUAAACAAUACUGAAACCACUUAAGUAAAGAUUUGACAUGUCUUUCCUGUUCUAUAUUUUAUUGUUUAUGUGUUUCGUAGUGUCUGUUACGUGACAUUUUGGCAGAAAAAUGGUAGGAGGCAUGUGGUUCUGUGGGAGUUGGGUUCCCAUUGCAUGCAUGAAGAGGUCUCCUACCGUUUAGUGAUUGUUGCUCACAAGGGAGAACUUUUGUUUUGAGUGAUAUUAAGGCAAAUCCAAAAUGAUUUCAUACUUGUUCACAACAUCCUUAUGCUUUGUUGAGUAAGUCUGUACAUAGUGUAUUCAACACUACUUGUUUUCUUUUAUUAACUUACUUUGUCCAUGAAUGAGGGUUGUUUGUGGAUAAUCGAACCAGAGCCCAAAAAUAGAAGGGCUCUGCUUGAUAUUGCUGUGGAAAGUGUAGUCUGCCACAGUGUUCUCAACAGACAGGGCCAGGACCCUGAAGUGGGCUGGGAGGUGUGAGGAAGUGGGUCAGGAGCAUAUGAGAGGGACUUACAUAACGACAGUUGUUUUUUAUAGAGGAGAUUGUGGAGAGAGAACAUUAGUCCGAUAUAUUUGACUAUGAGACAUUGUUUUCUUUUCAAGUGGAUACAGCCUUUGGCUGACUCUAACCGACAACAAUCCUUUCUACUGUAGCAUUGCGACUUUUUUGCAGUUGCCAUGCUGCAGUAGCAUUGCUGUGCCUUGGAGAGACUGAUUAGUCCUUAGAGAUGUGAAGGUAGCUUUAUUCUAGAGACGUAUAUAUCAUGCAGAUAAAACAGGGGAAAAUUAUUUCAGCACACGUAAAAUUUCCAUGCAAACCUUUUGCCUUAUUUAUAAAAAAUUCAACACAACAUUCUCUGUUUUCUAGAACAAAAUCCCGGGAAUUGGCUUCCUGAAGAUCCAUGCUCCCUGGAAUGUGCUCUGUCGGGAGGCAGAAUUCAUGAAGCUCAAGAUGCCCACCAAAAAGGUAUGAUCUGCCUUUAGAUGAAUCACUGUGGAUCUCUGGUCAGUUUCUAUGGGAGGCCUGCAUCCCAACAAGCUUCCCCCUAAAGUCAGGACAACGAAGUCCCUGCCCAACUUCCGAAAACGUCUAAAACCCUAUUUCUUUGAAGGGUGACUUAAAGAACUCUCACAGUGCCCCGACGCCUCCCCCCAAAAAAGAAAAAAAUUCACUUUUCUUGUUCUACUAGCACUGAUGUUGCUGAUAAACACAUUGUUGAGGGAACAUGUUCUUGAUAAGAUUGUGAUGGGUUGUUGUCUCACCUAGCUAUCAUAAGAUGAAUGCACUAAUUGUAUGUCGCUCUGGAUAAGAGCGUCUGCUAAAUGACUAAAAUGUAAAUGAUAUAAGAAUUAUGUAACUAAAAGCCUUUCAUGCACUCAUUUCUCAACAUGUUUUCUUCCUGUUUUCCCUUUCUCUUCAGGUGUACGAGGUCAAACAGGGAAGUGAUGUGGUGGAGAGGAUCAAUCUGUUCAUCCACAAAGUGACUGCACCACUUCAUCCUAAAGUGGAGCCGAAUAGACCCCAAAAUGUGAAGCAUCUCUCCCACCCUUUCUCCAGGGAAAAGCAGCACCUGUGAGUAUAGUAGUAGCACUGAGACAUGUGGCAUUGAACAUUAAGCACAUUCUGACGUGAUCAACUUUGCGGAGCUCAAAGGUUAAUGGGUGUACUUCCUGUACUAUGGAUGUGAGAAAUUCAACGUGGCUUGAAAUGUGUGUCAUGCAAUAAGGAAGAUAUAUAUUUGCAAUGCAAGACAUGGGUACAAUGCUACAGUAUAGCUAUUGCAAUCAUUACAGUAGGGGCCUCCUGAGUGGCGCAGCGGUCUAAGGCGCCACUACAGCCUGGGUUUCGAUCCCAGGCUCUGUCACAGCCGGCCGUGACUGGGAGGCCCAUAGGGCGGCGCACAAUUGGCCCAGCAUUGUCCGGAUUAGGGGAGGGUUUGGCCAGGGGCUUUCCUUCGCUCAUCGCACUCUAGCGACUCCUUGUGGCAGGCCGGGCAUCUGCAAGCUGACUUCGGUCAUCAGUUGUACUGUGUUUCCUCCAACACAUUGGUGCGGCUGGCUUCAGGGUUAAGGUGAGCAUUGUGUUAAGAAGUGGCUUGGUGGAUCACGUUUCGGAGGACGCAUUACUCGACCUUCGCCUCUCCUGAGCCUGUUGGGGAGUUGCAGUGAUAAGACAAGAUCGUAACUACCAAUUGGAUAUCACGAAAUUGGAGAGAAAAUGGCGUUAUUAACACUAGAACCACUAGAACCACUAAAGCAGUCAUUUUGACUGCUCAUGAAUUUAAAACAAUUAUUACUCUGCCAUUUUUUAAGUCUUGUCCCCCUCCGUCCUUGACUUUUCCUAAAUAAGUCUAUAUAACACGCUAAAUGACUAAAAUGUAAAUGUACCGUUGUUAGAAUCUUAAUAUGAAAAACAGAACUGGAGUUAUAACCAGUUUGAUGUUUUUCCCCCGUUGUUCCUCCUUUUCACAAUAGUAGGGCCUGCUCAGCUUCUUCUCCCAACAGUGAAAUGUGCCGUGCCCAGUUUAUAAUUACACCAAUAAUUGCCUCGAAACUAAUUUCACACAUAUAACAACAGAUGAAAUAAAUUAAGAAUGUAUGAUUGGGAGGAUGGGUGUGUUGACAAGCGAAGGGAAGCGAACAAUGCAUAAUUAUGCAAUCACCAAUUAUGAAUGAAGAACAGGGCGGCCCAUUCAAUUGUAUUAGUAUGUUCUAAUUAUAAACUCAAAAUGUUAUGUACCCUAUUUCAGUCCACCAAAUCUAAGCAGGUUUAUCAGUCUACUCUGGCCUACUUGGAGUACACAGUGAGAGCGUGCGUAAUUUACAAUGGCAAGAAGACCAAGACGAAUGGAUGCACAUGCUGUGUUAGCGAUGCUACAAGAUCCAAAUGAAAAUGACUGAUGGCGGGGAAGAAAUUGAUCAUGACAGCUCUGAUUAUUCUUCUGAUUCUGAGCCUCAGCCUGAAUAACCUACACCUUCUAGGCUUAAGCACAAAAAAGCCAGAAUGAUAGGCACUGCGUAGGUUCCCCCGCCACUACCAAAUGAAACAGUGAGACAGGAGAGUAAAAGAAAGAGUAUUCUGUUACCUUAGACCUUCAUAAACACAACCAAAUGAUAAUUUUUGCAAUAGCAUAUAUGAAAUAUAUUAAUUACCCUCAAGAAUUUCCCUGUAUUUAGCGCCAUCCAUCAUUCCUUCAAUUCUGACCAGUUUCCCAGUCCCUGCCGAUGGGGAAAAACAUCUCCACAGCAUGAUGCUGCCACCACUAUGCUUCACUGGGGGGAUGGUGUUCUCAGGGUGAUGAGAGGUGUUGGGUUUGCGCCAGACAUAGCGUUUUCCUUGAUGGCCAAAAAGCUCAAUUUUAGUCUCAUCUGACCAGAGUACUUUCUUCCAUAUGUUUGGGGAGUCUCCCACAUGCCUUUUGGCGAACACCAAAUGUGUUUACUUUUUUUUUUUCUUUAAGCAAUGGCUUUUUUCUGGCCACUCUUCCGUAAAGCCCAGCUCUGUGGAGUGUAUGGCUUAAAGUAGUCCUAUGGACAGAUACUCCAAUCUCCGCUGUGGAGCUUUGCAGCUCCUUCAGGGUUAUCUUUGGUCUCUUUGUUGCCUCUGAUGAAUGCCCUCCUUGCCCGGUCUGUGAGUUUUGGUGGGCGGCCCUCUCUUGGCAGGUUUGUUGUAGUGCCAUAUUCUUUCAAUUUUUUAAUAAUGGAUUUAAUGGUGCUCCGUGGGAUGUUCAAAGUUUCGGAUAUUUUUGUAUAACCCAACCCUGAUCUGUACUUCUCCACAACUUUGUCCCUGACCUAUUUGGAGAGCUCCUUGAUCUUCAUGGUGCCGCUUGCUUGGUGGUGCCCCUUGCUUAGUGGUGUUGCAGACUCUGGGGCCUUUCAGAACAUGUGUAUAUGUACUGAGAUCAUGUGACGGAUCAUGUGACACUUAGGUUGCACACAGGUGGACUUUAUUUAACUAAUUAUGUGACUUCUGAAGGUAAUUGGUUGCACCAGAUCUUAUUUAGGGGCUUCAUAGCAAAGGGGGUGAAUAUAUAUGCACGCACCACUUUUCCGUUAUUUAUUUUUUAGAAUUUAUUUAAACAAGUUAUUUUUUUCAUUUCACUUCACCAAUUUGGACUAUUUUGUCCAUUUAGAUAAAUCCAAAUAAAAAUCCAUUGAAAUUACAGGUUGUAAUGCAACAAAAUAGGAAAAACGCCAACGGGGAUGAAUACUUUGCAAGGCACUAAAUGUGCAGAAGAUGUGAUUAUGUAUGAAUGAUACAGGCUGCUACCUAUAAUUAUUAAUCUCAGUAGGUGCAUUUCCCCAUAAUGUGAUAUGGCCCUCUUCUACCCCCGCAGUCUUUGCCAGUCUUGAGCUUUUUUUCAUGGCUAAUGUCCCCACUGUGCCCUACGGUAAUAAUGUAGAGGUGCAAUCAACAGGCACAAAAUCUGAACCAAGAUGUUUGUAAUACUACGAUUCAAUAUUAUUUUUAAACAGAGACUUAUCCUCUAAUGUUCAGGGAAUAGCUAAUCCGCAUUUGGAUGUUAGAAUAUUAUGUAUUGUGAAAAGCACAAUAUUAUAAUGUGUUUUGAGCUAUGUUUUAUUCAAGAGAGUGGGCAUAGAGGUUACAGGCUAUUUUGAGCUCCUGACUCUCAAUGAACAUUGUGUAGGCCAGGCUGCUGACUAACACUAGCUACCAAGACAUGUUGCAACCAUAUUCUCCCUGUAACCACCUUGUAUUGUAUGUCUGGUCUAACUAAUGACAAUAUGUGUAUGACAUCUUGGCCACAAAAAAAACAUUGCUGUCCACGUACAGUACCUACAAAACUGAUAUGAUACAGUGCCUUGCAAAAGUAUUCCCCCCCCUUGGCGUUUUUCUUAUUUUGUUGCAUUACAACCUGUAAUUUAAAUGGAUUUUUAUUUGGAUUUCAUGAAAUGGACAUACACAAAAUAGUCAAAAUUGGUGAAGUAAAAUGAAAAAAGUGGUGGGUGCAUAUGUAUUCACCCCCUUUGCUAUGAAGCCCCUAAAUAAGAUCUGGUGCAACCAAUUACCUUCAGAAGUCACAUAAUUAGUUGAAUAAAGUCCACCUGUGUGCAAUAUGUGUCACAUGAUCUGUCACAUGAUCUCAGUGUAUAUAUACACCUGUUCUGAAAGGCCCCAGAGUCUGCAACACCACUAAGCAAGGGGCACCACCAAGCAAGGGGCACCACCAAGCAAGCGGCACCAUGAAGACCAAGGAGCUCUCCAAACAGGUCAGGGACAAAGUUGUGGAGAAGUACAGAGAUAUCUGAAACUUUGAACAUCCCACGGAGCACCAUGAAAAUCCAUUAUUAAAAAAUGGAAAGAAUAUGGCACCACAACAAACCUGCCAAGAGAGGGCCGCCCACCAAAACUCACGGACCAGGCAAGCAGGGCAUUCAUCAGAGAGCCAACAAAGAGACCAAACAUAACCCUGAAGGAGCUGCAAAGCUCCACAGCGGAGAUUGGAGUAUCUGUCAAUAGGACCACUUUAAGCCAUACACUCCACAGAGCUGGGCUUUACGGAAGAGUGGCCAGAAAAAAGCCAUUGCUUAAAGAAAAUAAUAAUAAUAACACGUUUGGUGUUCGCUAAAAGGCAUGUGGGAGACUCCCCAAACAUAUGGAAGAAGGUACUCUGGUCAGAUGAGACUAAAAUUGAGCUUUUUGGCCAUCAAGGAAAACGCUAUGUCUGGCGCAAACCAUCGGCAGGGACUGGGAAACUGGUCAGAAUUGAAGGAAUGAUGGAUGGCGCUAAAUACAGGAAAAUUCUUGAGGGAAACCUGUUUCAGUCUUCCAGAGAUUUGAGACUGGGACGGAGGUUCACCUUCCAGCAGGACAAUGGCCCUAAACAUACUGCUAAAGCAACACUCGAGUGGUUUAAGGGGAAACAUUUAAAUGUCUUGGAAUGGCCUCGCCAAAGCCCAGACCUCAAUCCAAUUGAGAAUCUGUGGUAUGACUUAAAAAUUGCUGUACACCAGCGGAACCCAUCCAACUUGAAGGAGCUGGAGCAGUUUCGCCUUAAAAUGUCUAGUUGCUAGAUGUGCCAAGCUUAUAGAGACACACCCCAAGAGACUUGCAGCUGUAAUUGCAAAAGGUGGCUCUACAAAGUAUUUCGUUUUUUUGUCUUAUUUCUUGUUUGUUUCACAAUAAAAUUGUUUUGCAUCUUCAAAGUGUUAGGCAUGAUGUGUAAAUCAAAUGAUACAAACCCCCCAAAAAUCAAUUUUAAUUCCAGGUUGUAAGGCAACAAAAUAGGAAAAAUGCAGAGGGGGAUGAAUACUUUCGCAAGCCACUGUAUGUCUGCAUGGAACACCAACAUACUUUCUCCUGGUUGAGUACAUUGCCCUUUAAAUAAACCCCUGACAAAAGGCUCCUCUGUCUUCUGUAUUAACAGGUUUGAUCUCUCAGACAGAGAGUCUUUCUUCGACAGCAAAACCAGGGCCUCAAUAGUAAGUACUAUAGAUUUGCUUGAAUGAUGGACAAGACAAUAAAAAGCUCUUCACACCACAAGUAAAUUUAUGAUUUGUUAAUGUAAUUCACUUUUCAUUGGAUUUUUUCUCAAUCAGCAUAGAUUGCUCCCAGUGGAGAUGGUGUGGAACUUUACCACUUAACAGAAACAUCAAUACUGAGCUAUAAUGACUUUGGAGAUCGCUGUGAAGCUUGAAAACAACUUGUCCAUCAAUGCAUUUAGAGUUGUUCAUUAAUGGCCAGGAGUUGAAUUUUAAAGAGGUCAAUUUCUUAACAUUCAUGGCACAAGACAGGAUUUCUGCCCUAUUUGGAUGUGAUGAUUACCUGAGUUCAUCUUAAUAGAUUGCAGAAGUAUUUUUUUUAAUUUUCAUGUUAUUUACCCAUUUAGGUAUAUGAAGUGUUGAAACGUACAAGAUGCACUAAAGCCAAAUACACCAUGGGUAAGCCAAGCCAUGUCCCCUCUCUCUUAGGGAUAUUAUUAUUCAUUCUGAUCCUUUAGGGGUGUAAAUGACAUCUGUCUUAUUAUCCCAGUAAAAUACCUUUAUAGACAGCACUAUAUGUAGGAUGCUAUAGUAGAAUAUUAUUGCUAUUGUGUGCCUUCUGUUUGAUAGUAAAUUUGAUCUCUUGAAAAUGAUGUUUACAGGAAUCACCAGUCUCCUUGGCAAUGGUGUUUACACUGCUGCGUACCCUCUUCACGAUGUGAGUAUAUUACCACACAUAUCAAUACCCAUGCAAAGCCAGGCGCUUUGUGACCAGACAACACUCAUUGUGUCAUUACUUGUCUUGCAGGGGGAUGUUGACGGCGUGGGGGCGGAGGCCAAUGACAGAAAGGUGAGACGAGCAAAUCAUUGGUCAUGUCAAUAAGCAAUCAAUGAAACCACAAACUAAUCCGUUAUUUGUGUCACUGUUAGCGAUUAUCAUAAACCAUUUUAUUUUUGUGAGGACAGGAAUGUCUUGUCGAUAGUGACCGAGCAUAUUGAAAAGGUUAAAGCACAGAAUUCAAACGCUAUCUAAACGCAAGCCCUUAGCAGCGAUGGAGAGGAAAAGCCCCUUUUGGCUUAGAGAAUAAUUAUACUGUAUGUAUUGAAAGUGUCACCACGGCAACAGGCUUAAUCCCUUUUCACCAUCCUCAAGCAUUGUAUGACAAUCAGUCUGGUCGAAUCUAAGCGAUUUAAGCCCAGAGCAAAGAAAAUCCUAAAGCCUCAGAGAAAUACUCAAUAUCCAAGCUGCCGUAUGGCAGUGGUAUGUUUUUUUCCCACCCAUGUGCUGUAGUCCGGUGCACAGAGCAAAUUGAAUGCUCACAGAAAUUACUUAUGUUCUUGAGAUGACGGCAUGAUCACAUUUCAGAGUUGAUGUCGUUAUGAGUUGUACCAUGGUUUGUUGUUUUUCCAGUCCUGUGUUCUUUUACGCUGGUCUAUGAUGAGUCACAGGCAUCACUAAUUUAUCUUGCAAAGUGGGCGCUCUGUUUGGGAACAGACAGGGCCAUUGGGGCGGAGGAUAGUAACCUACUGAAGCUCUGUUUGGUGCUGUGCCAUUGGGACUACUGUUCAGUAAAAAUAUAAUAUUUGUGAGGCUCUGAUGGCAGGACCCCUGGGUGCCCAUUUCCCUGCCUGAGAGCGAUGGCAUUUUAUUAGUGAAACCUCGUCUGACAGGCAGAGGAGUGCAACAUGAGACCAACAGUGAAAUUCACUUAUAUAAUUUCAUGUAGAUGCACGUUAGCAACUAAUGAUGAGCAAUAUAAGAGUCGUCUAAAUAACAUUUGAUGCUCAAGGAUGACCUUGAGCUUGAACCGCCUACUGUCAGACGACACAGACCACAGAAUCUGGGCCUGAAGUAUGGAAGUCCAGAGAGGACAUAUUAAUACAAAUAAUUCCCUCGUUAUCGAGAUCACAACUUAUUUAUAUCAUGAUCACGACAUAACAAAAGUUGUCUUGUCGAGAUCACAAGAUAAACUCUAUAAAUAGGAGUGGACGUAAUGAUGCUGGAUUGUCAGUAUGGCUGAGGCGGCAGAGCCCACAGUGGAUCAGCGCGUACGUUUCUAUUGAUUUAUACACUAAGGGAUGGUACAUUUCAUGCUAACAUCAUGCUUUCAUUUGUGUUUGGAGCUCAUUAUCAGUUUCUAAGUUAGAAUGUUAGCAAGCUAAAUGUCCCUUACCUUGAGCUAAGAGCUUCUGAACUCGUGGGGCAUUUAAGCCCUGAACGAUGCCUGAAAGGCAGCACUGUCUCCGAGGCUGUGCGCCACCCCAAUGACCACAGCCAAUCGCAUGCAAGCAACAACGCAACUAACUUGCCUACUCUUGUGAGUGAGCGCGUGAGCUACCUAGGUAGUCUUGUUAGCUAGCUUGUUAUCCAUGCUGGUUGUUGCUUGCAUAACUGAUAUGUGUAUAAUUGUAAGGGACACUUCAUGUUAUAUGGAUAAUUUAAGUUUACAGAGUGGGUGAGCUCUAUUCCUGACAGGCUGAUCAGAUUCGAAAGCAGCCUCAGAGGCUGAUAAGUGAGGAUGCUGCCUUGUAUGCUGUCUGCAAGGAGCCUUACAUAUGAAACAGCCUACAAAGCAGCAUCCUGGCUUAUCGGCCUCUGACGCUGCUAUUGAAUGAUCAGCCUGCCAGGAAAAGAGCUCAACCCCUGGAUCAGAUAUGCAUCUGCCUAUAAAGCAUUUUGACAGAUAAUCUGCCUAAAAGGAGCCUUACUUAUGAAACAGCCUACAAGGCAGCAUCCUGACUUACCAACCUCUGAAGCUGAAAUUGAAUGUGAUCAGCCUGUCAGGAAUGGAGCUCACUCACUGUACAUUUUUUAAUAUUAACACAAAACAUGUGUCCCUCAUACACCUAUCAGUAAUGCAAGUUAACAACCAGCACAGAUAACAAGCUAGCUUGCUAGCUAACAAGACUAGCCAAGUUAGCUGCGUUGUUCCUUGCAUGCGACUGGCUGGGGUCUUGGGGGCGGCACACAGCCUGGGAGACAAGGCUACCUGUCAGGCAUUGUUCAGGGCUUAAAUGCCCUGCAUUGCAAUCAACGCAGCCACAGAGCUCCUUGAUGAGGUGGUUAUUGUGCAUCUGAACAAAUGAAUGGAUGAUGCGGGGUACUUUUAUCUCGUGAUCUCGACAAAACAACUUUUGUUAUGUAGUGAUCAUGAGAUAAAUAAGUUGUGAUCUCCACAUAGAGGGACAUUUUUAUUUUGUAUUCAUAUAUCCUCUCUGGACUUCCGUACUUAAGGGUUUACCUUAAGGAAUAAUUUUCCCUUACCUAAGGGAAUUGUUUAACCUUUUACUGCAGUGGGCUAAAUCAGGGUCACGGAGUGUUUCUUGGUAGUCUUAAACAAAUAUACUUUGAAACAAAGGUAUGCACCUCACACACAUGGUUAUGGACUUUAAAAAAAGAAAUGUUGAAAUGUAUUACAUUUUUUGUUGGCGUCCCAAUAUUACACUUUAUAUACAUCACAGAAGACUGAAAUAUAAGAAACCAGUUGACAUAGAAACACCGGAUUUUCUGUGUUUAAAAAAUAAAUGUUUAUUAAUUAUGAAAUAGUGAAAAAUAUUUAUAUUAUUAAUAACAUUCCACCCAUGAGGCCACUUGGUCAUUUGACUGCAGGAAAGGGUUUUAAGGACGUUGCAUAGAGACCCUCAAAUUUAUCCUCAUGUAAAGGCAUACGUAAAACCUGUUAAACUCUUAGCGGUUGUUCCAAUUCACUGUGCCAUUUUGGGCUGAGAGGAGACUCACUACCCAAGCCAGACUCAACUAGUUUCAAGUGUCCAAGAGACGUCAUGUGAUCUCCUACUGCUUUCUAGUGGACGAACUGGGAAUCAGACAAAGGAUAUAUUUACAUCAAUGGAUCGGUAGAGACUUCAGCUUUCUCCUCAUAUGUAUAAAAUGAAGGUAUGGCACGUUACACAAGCCCUGCACUUUAAAAAUGGCUGUGUUCCAAUGGGGAUUUGCACAUGUUUAGAGUGCCACCAUUACGUAAAAGAUCUGUCCCAAAGAAAUUCAUACUUUUUUUACAUUCCUUUUGGAACAGUAAUUGGUGACAUAUUUUAUCUCAAACCUAGACUUUCAAGCCUCUUAUUCCCCAACAUGGGGACAAUUGGGGGGGACCCCCACCCUAUGAAAAACAAAUGUAAAUGUGUUUUGUUUGGUCUGCUGUAUCUUGGGCUCUGUAGUAGUCACAUUGUUUCUGACACCUUUAUCGGAGUCCCACAGUUCUUACCGUUCUACCAGUACUAAGAAUGUGUUUGUAGGACUUAUAGUUUUGGAAACCGAAACGUAGUUAAUGUAGGUAGUAUACAAUAUUAUGCGUAAUUUAGAAAAUGCCACCAGAGUGGGUCAGAGUUGAACAGGUUAAGGGGUUUUAUGGUAGUUUGAAGGCAUGUACUGAAGAAAUGAGUAUCUGGUUACCAUGGAGAUGGCCUGAUUCACUGACUAAACGUCUCAUCAAAGAGAUCACAUUUAUUUUGUGAUCUAGCAAAAUAGAACUUCUACAAUCAAGACAGGAUAGCCAAAUUGCUUCAGAAGAUAAUACACCACGUUCCUUGUUGUUACUUCUUUCUCAACUUGUUUCUAUUAGUUUUGAGCACUUCAAGCUAGCUUACAGAGUAGCUAGCUAACUAGCCAGCUAGCUUUGUAGCUAUGGAUUGUGCAUCUUCCAUUGUUUAGUUAAGUAGCUUAGCUGGAUGAUGUUUUCCUAUUGUAACCAGGGCAGAUGAAAGUAACAUUCACCUCCACAAAUGCUGUUUACAUUGAUAUCCAUACUGAAUGAAGCAGUUAAGGGACUUCAUAGGCACCCUUAACUUUUUUUACUUAAUUUAGGGGGGGAAUUCAACUUAACUUUAGUCAGUUGCACAAAACAUUUUAAGGAAGCUUUAAGGGAAAAUAUCAGGGGAAAAUAACAAAUGUUAUGCAACCGGCCCCUGAGCCUUAAUGGCACUGAUUCUGUGUACAGAUGUACUCAAUCACACAGGUACUGUACUUUGAAUUUGGCAAAACUAAGGCUGCAAAUAUAGCAUUGAGAUCACAGCACAGCUGUGACUAGUAACGGCCAUGCAAUAUUUCAUAAGGGCUUUGUGAUGGGACUGACCGUUUCCUAUCGGCAUUUUUUAAAUGCAUAAUCGGCAUGAUGAAUUUCAAUCAUUUAUGAUCCCAAACCGACUUCUCCUCUGUUCUAUAAUGAGAGUCUCAGAGGUAAGAUAAUAAACUAGAUUAAAUAGUCAUUUAAUUAAAUUGUCUUCCAUCAUGGAUUUGCCUCACUAAGUAUUUUGUUUCAUUUAAAAUGUUGUUUUACCCGUUAUUGUCUCGUCAGAUCUUGUAUGAAGAAUGGGCAAGCUACAGUGUCUUCUACAAGUACCAACCAAUUGGACUAAUCAGGUGAGAGAAUCCUGCUCUAAACUCUAGGACAUGACAAACAGAGACUAUAUACUAUACUGUCUUGGAGCAAUCAAACAGACAAAGCAUUAUAUCAUUGGCCUGAGUUAAUGUUAGUUAACCACCAUAUCUGAACUGAUUCCUGAUGUACACUACCAGUCAAAAGUUUAGACACACCUACUAUUUACAUUGUAGAAUAAUAGUGAAAACAAAAAAGUGUUAAACAAAUCAAAAUAUAUUUGAAAUUCUUCAAAUAGCCACCCUUUGCCUUGAUGACAGCUUUCACACUCUUGGCAUUCUCUCAACCAGCUUCACCUGGAAUGCUUUUCCAACAGUCUUGACGGCGUUCCCACAUAUACUGAGCACUUGUUGGCUGCUUUUCCUUCACUCUGUGGUCCGACUCAUCCCAAACCAUCUCAAUUUGGUUAAGGUCGGGGAAUUGUGGAGGCCAGGUCAACUGAUGCAGCACUCCAUCACUCUCCUUCUUGGUAAAAUAGCCCUUACACACGCUGGAGGUGUGUUGGGUCAUUGUCCUGUUGAAAAACAAAUGAUAGUCCCACUAAGCCCAAACCGGAUAGGAUGGCGUAUCGCUGCAGAAUGCUGUGGUAGCCAUGCUGGUUAAGUGUGCCUUGAAUUCUAAAUAAAUCACAGACAGUGUCACAAGCAAAGCACCCCCACAGCAUAACACCUCCUCCUCCAUGCUUUACGGUGGGAAAUACACAUGCGGAGAUCAUCAGUUUACCCACACCGCGUCUCACAAGACACGGCGGUUGGAACCAAAAAUCUCCAGACCAAAGGACAAAUUUCCACCGGUCUAAUGUCCAUUGCUCGUGUUUCUUGGCCCAAGCUGGUCUCUUCUUCUUAUUGGUGUCCUUUAGUAGUGGUUUCUUUGCAGCAAUUCGACCAUGAAGGCCUGAUUCACAUAGUCCCCUUUGAACAGUUGAUGUUGAGAUGUGUCUGUUACUUGAACUCUGUGAAGCAUUUAUUUGGGCUGUAAUUUCUGAGGCUGGUAACUCUAAUGAACUUCUCCUCUGCAGCAGAGGUGACUAGGGGUAUUCCAUUCCUGUGGCGGUCUUGAUGAGAGCCCGUUUCAUCAUAGCACUUGAUGGUUUUUGCGAUUGCACUUGAAGAAACUUUAAAAGUUCUUGAGAUUUUCCGUAUUGACUGACCUUCAUGUCUUAAAGUAAUGAUGGACUGUCGUUUCUCUUUGCUUAUUUGAGCUGUUCUUGCCAUAAAAUGGACUUGGUCUUUUACCAAAUAGGGCCAUCUUCUGUAUACCCCCCUAUCUUGUCACAACACAACUGAUUGGCUCAAAGGCAUUUAGGAAAGAAAUUCCACAAAUUAACUUUUAAGAAGGCACACCUGUUAAUUGAAAUGCAUUCCAGGUGACUACCUCAUGAAGCUGGUUGAGAGAAUGCCAAGAGUGUGCAAAGCUGUCAUCAAGGCAAAGGGUGGCUAUUUGACGAAUCUCAAAUAUAAAUUGAGUUUUGUUGAACACUUUUUUGGUUACUACAUGAUUCCAUAUGUGUUAUUUCAUAGUUUUGAUGUCUUCCUUAUUAUUCUACAAUGUAGAAAAUUGUACAAAUAAAGAAAAACCCUUGAAUGAGUUGGCGUGUCCAAACGUUUGACUGGUACUGUAUGUACUCAGUGCUGCUUUCCUUCUUCUCCUGCAGGAAGUACUUUGGGGAGAAGAUUGGCCUGUACUUUGCCUGGCUGGGGGUUUACACCCAGAUGCUGAUCCCUGCUGCCAUAGUGGGGGUCAUAGUGUUCCUGUAUGGCUGUGCCACUGUGGACAAUGACAUUCCCAGGUACACUGACCUCCCACAACUACAACUACAAUUAAACCCACAACUAUAAACAAUUUCACCUAAAACUUCACUUACACCUAGACCAUAAUUUAGAUUUCUAAUGGCUUGGAAGCACUAGUGAUGGUUUAUCAAUAACCCAUUGUUGUAAGAGUUGCUAAAUACAGUGUUGUAAUAGUUGCCUGGCACAGACAUGCCGUGAUGUUUUGUAAUUGCUUUUCAUUUUGAGUCUGUGCGUUCUUGGUAUUUUAUCUGUAUGUAUCUAUAAGCGCCCCUACCUGCCUUUUAUAUUCUCAGUCUGCUGGCCUGAGUUAAGAGACUCUACCAGUUAUGACAGUGUGUCAUCUUGGCCCUAAACCAAUGCUCCUGUGGUUAUUGCCACAACACAAACAGUCUAUCUAGAGCAGAACGAGUGGGUGGCAGACCAAUUUUAUGAUCACAUAUCCCUUCAGGACAUUCCCUGGAGAGCUAUCAUCCUGUAGGUUUUUGCUCCAACCGCAGUUGUAACGAACCUGAUUCAGCUUAUCAACCAGCUAAUUAUUAGAAUCCGGUGCGCUAGAUUAGGGUUGGAGUGAACCUACAGUACGGUAGCUCUCCAGGGGCCUCAUUUGUCAACCGUGCAUACAUUUCUCACUAGAUUCUGGCGUCUGUGGAGUCUAGGAUUUGCAUGCUCAACAAACUGUUGUAUGCAACAUAUACGCAUGUUUUCAUUGAUAAAUCAGAGCCAUACUGUAUUUCUGCGCUCGUUAACGAGCGUUACAACCCCGCCUAGAAAACGCCCUCUAUUCACCUUUUAUGGUACCAAAAAUGCCCUGAUUUGCUGGAGAUGUUGGAACUGGACCAUGACAGUUUAUAAAAGAAAGUGCAAUGGCAAAUUUGAUCACAUUUCUGUAGAGGUGUGGGCAGUAUGUUUUUGCAGUAACUUCUUUAAACAAAAAAUGAAUGCUGCCUAUACCGAGUGCAAAACACUGGCAUUCUACAAGAUUGAUUGUCUAUUGAACAGCCAACACUUCUAUACAAAAUACAUAUUGUUGUUCAGUAUUUUGUUUAUCAAUACAUGAUUGUGUUUCUAUCUCCCGUUCAUAUCUCCUGCCUUGGUAUAGCUCUGAGAUGAAAUAGGCCAUUAUGUCGUGCUCCUAUUGCACAGCAAUACUGUAGCCUACCCAUACCGUCAUAGGCUACCAUUCGAUUUACUUUCGAGCAUGGUUGGCUAUUGAAUGAGCGAUGGAUAAAUUGUAGGCUAAUAUUUGUUGUGUAGCGGUAAAUAAAUGCUGCUAUGCGAUCUUCUUACCAACGGCAAAUACAUCCGUUUUAUCAGCAGACCUAUGUUUUUAUUAGCUUACCAUCAUUAUAAUUACUGUUCAUCAACCACCUCCAUUUCCCCCCAAAUGACAACAUUUGCUUGCAAUACAGUUGAUCAACCACUAGAAGUUGUGCAUAUGCAUGGUCUGAGAUUUGUGUGGAGAUAUGCACACUUUCCUGUCAAGUUCAACAUUUGAUAAAUAACAACCUUUGCGGGAAGUGGCGCAGGCAAGAUUUAGUAUUUGUGUGCGCACGCACCUUUGAUAAACAAGGCCCCUGGAACAGGGUUGAAUAUUUCACUAUUACAUUAUUGCAUUCCUCGUUUGCUGUUGGACUCUAUAACCUCUAAAACUGGUAACUGAGUUGAUGCUGAUCAUUAUGGUUAGAUCUCUUUUACUGAGGCGUUCCACUAAUGUUUUUCUCCCACGCAGCAUGGAGAUUUGUGAUCCGAGAAACAACAUCACCAUGUGCCCACUGUGUGACCGCGCUUGCAGCUACUGGAAGCUGAAGACCGCAUGUGGCACAGCCAGGGCCAGCCAUCUUUUUGACAACCCGGCCACCGUCUUCUUCUCCAUCUUCAUGGCCCUCUGGGGUGAGCCGUCCCUCCCAUGUUCUCUCCCAUCUUCUGCCAAUAAAACAAUCCCAUCUGCUACAGACCACAGGACCAGGCAGAGUCCUGCAGGGCAACCAGGUCUCAGCCAGGUCCCACCCUGCUUUCAUUUUUGCCUUAAAAAACCAUCUGUCUUAUGUAACCAUACCAAACGUAGCAUAUCAUACUAAUUUGAGUGUCCCGGAUUUACAUUUACUAUGUUAUGUCUAGUCUAUGAGACCAGGCUGUGCAGAGUCACAGGGAGACCAGUGUCAGUUGCCAUUAUAAGACCGUCUUUUGAGUUAAAAUUGUAGUAAUGGUUUGGAUUUUAGCUUCCUAUUUUAGGUGGAGAUAAGAUCAUAACCUGUUUGCGUUUUAGAGAUGUUUAUCUUUUUUAAUAUACUGCAUUUGAAGUAUAAACCCUGGUCCAUUCACUUUGCUAUGUCUUUCUCGUACUGUAGUCAUUAAGCAGUCACUCCAGGAUUUCGUGGUGAUAAAAAAAAUUAUACUUGUGGGCAGAAAUGCUUGAUUUUACUGCUGCAAUUCUGAUAUUGUUCAUUGCAAUAUGCAAAAACAUUGUCCAAUUUGUCACACGUGCGCUGAUGAGGGAAAACAUUUUGACGUGACUUGAUUGAACCAUAUUAUGCAGUAAAUGUGCCGUGAUUGGUUGAAAUUGCGAGUCCUCUUUGUAGUGCGGUGAUCCAUCAGUUUUAAUGGGAUAAUAUUGCAGUGAUUUGACUAUUUUAUGUGGUAAUAGUGCAGUAAUUGGUCAAAUUUGCAAGCCCUUGCAUAGUAGUCUCGAAAACCAGACCCUAGGCAGUGACUAGGGUCUGGUUUCAAUGUUGGACUCUUUUGGCAUAGAGCAGGGGUAUUCAACCAGGAGUCUGUGAAAGUACUGCAGGGGGUCUGCAUUUUUUCCCCAAUGUAUCGCUAGCAACAACAGAAUAAAGGAUUUUAUUUUAUUACAUGCCUACAGCAGAAAGGAGGAGAAUAUCUUAUUUCUAAUUAUGUCAACUUUAUGGCUCAACUCCUAAAAUUGAGCAAAUUACACUCAUUGGAGCCAAUUACACUCACUGGAGUAUCUGACAUAGGCUUUAAAAAAACACCCGCGAAUAGGCUACCAGUGUGGCAAGUGCAACUGGCUGCUAGUAAGCUUUCUUGACUUAGACAUACAUUUUUGCCAACACAUUGCUAACCUUUGUUUAAACAGCUGCUCUUAUGAGUUUCGAGAUACCUUUCUAGCUUAUGGGCUAUGUUAGUUUACGCUUUCUCUUCCAAUUAUGUGGGGAGGUCAAAAUAAUUAAAAACUAUUUUUAGAUGUUGAUUACUUCUCCUUGCCAUAUUAUUUUAUUUUUUGCUAACGAAUGAUUGGGAUCCCUGGGCCGCCGGUUUGCCUGGGAGGGGAUCCCUGGGCAAGUAAAGGUUGAAUACCCCUGGCAUAGAGGAACUUCAACACUGCCGACAUCAGUCAGUACUCUAUCCACUUGAAUAAAAUACAAAAUAGUAGCUAGCAAGAUGGAGAUCAGAAGUUACUUUUAAUGAGUGCAUUUCGCAAGUGGCUAGUUUGCAUUAACUACCUUUACUAAAACCACUGCAAAGGUUUGCCUUCAAAUUUUGGUUUUGAAUCGCGAUGUUCUGGCAUGUCUGCCUUGUGAUUUGUUGGGGGAGUUUCUGUCUGAAGAGGACCCACCCCGGAUACAGUAGUGACGUAGGCAGUGACGUAGUUCCUCUAUGCCAAAAGAGUCCAUCGUUGAAACCAGACCCUAGUCACUGUUGCCUAGUGUCUGGUUUUCGAGACUACGCAUAAUAUGCAGGGAAUUGUUGAUUUUGCUGAACAAAUUUUGAUCCCAAAAUCCUGGAGGGACUGAUUUAAGGAUGGGUUUUUAUUUCCCAGCUGCCAUGUUCAUGGAGCACUGGAAGAGAAGGCAAAUGAGACUCAAUUACAUCUGGGAUUUGACUGGCUUUGAAGAGGAAGAGGUGAGCCUAUGCCCUUGUUUUGGAACCUGUUUGGCCAAUUUGGACAUGAAUGUCUGAUACAAUAAACAAUGAAAAAUGAUUUAUUCUCUUAAUCAUGUUUUUUAUGUUUUAUAUUAUGGUGGUUCCUGAAGCAGGCGCACAAGGUUUGAAAUUGAUUUUAUUUAUUUAUUAACCUAAUUUUCUAGCAGCUUCCUCUGCAGCUGCUGUUACUCAAUACUAACCAACUUCCCCGGACAAGGUUUAUAACACUCUCCCUCACUCUGACACUUAUCUAUUUCAGACAGAAUUCAUGGUAUGUUAUCUCUAAAAUAGAAUAAGUCAAUGUUUAUAUGACCCCCCUUUCAAACAGUCCCUUAUUUGCCACUUUGAGGGGUGGGAGUAGGCUAGUGGUUAUCUGGCCAUCAUUUCAAGUUUCAAAGUUUAUUUGCCACGUGCACAGGAUUCAACGGAUGUAGAACAGUACAGUGAAAUGCUUACUUGUGAGCUCUUUCCCAACAGUGUAGUGAUAAAAGUAACAAUCUAGACAACAUCAAAUCACAAAUACAGUGGGGGAAAAAAAGUAUUUAGUCAGCCACCAAUUGUGCAAGUUCUCCCACUUAAAAAGAUGAGAGAGGCCUGUAAUUUUCAUCAUAGGUACACGUCAACUAUGACAGACAAAUUGAGGAAAAAAAUCCAGAAAAUCACAUUGUAGGAUUUUUAUGAAUUUAUUUGCAAAUUAUGAUGGAAAAUAAGUAUUUGGUCACCUACAAACAAGCAAGAUUUCUGGCUCUCACAGGCCUGUAACUUCUUCUUUAAGAGGCUCCUCUGUCCUCCACUCGUUACCUGUAUUAAUGGCACCUGUUUGAACUUGUUAUCAGUAUAAAAGACACCUGUCCACAACCUCAAACAGUCACACUCCAAACUCCACUAUGGCCAAGACCGAAGAGCUGUCAAAGGACACCAUAAACAAAAUUGUAGACCUGCACCAGGCUGGGAAGACUGAAUCUGCAAUAGGUAAGCAGCUUGGUUUGAAGAAAUCAACUGUGGGAGCAAUUAUUAGGAAAUGGAAGACAUACAAGACCACUGAUAAUCUCCCUCGAUCUGGGGCUCCACGCAAGAUCUCACCCUGUGGGGUCAAAAUGAUCACAAGAACGGUGAGCAAAAAUCCCAGAACCACACGGGGGGACCUAGUGAAUGACCUGCAGAGAGCUGGGACCAAAGUAACAAAGCCUACCAUCAGUAACACACUACGCCGCCAGGGACUCAAAUCCUGCAGUGCCAGACGUGUCCCCCUGCUUAAGCCAGUACAUGUCCAAGCCCGUCUGAAGUUUGCUAGAGUGCAUUUGGAUGAUCCAGAAGAGGAUUGGGAGAAUGUCAUAUGGUCAGAUGAAACCAAAAUAUAACUUUUUGGUAAAAACUCAACUCGUCGUGUUUGGAGGACAAAGAAUGCUGAGUUGCAUCCAAAGAACACCAUACCUACUGUGAAGCAUGGGGGUGGAAACAUCAUGCUUUGGGGCUGUUUUUCUGCAAAGGGACCAGGACGACUGAUCCGUGUAAAGGAAAGAAUGAAUGGGGCCAUGUAUCGUGAGAUUUUGAGUGAAAACCUCCUUCCAUCAGCAAGGGCAUUGAAGAUGAAACGUGGCUGGGUCUUUCAGCAUGACAAUGAUCCCAAACACACCGCCCGGGCAACGAAGGAGUGGCUUCGUAAGAAGCAUUUCAAGGUCCUGGAGUGGCCUAGCCAGUCUCCAGAUCUCAACAUUUUACAUUUACAUUUUACAUUUUAGUCAUUUAGCAGACGCUCUUAUCCAGAGCGACUUACAGUUAGUGAGUGCAUACAUAUUUUUAUUUAUUUUUCAUACUGGCCCCCCGCGGGAAUCGAACCCACAACCCUGGUGUUGCAAACGCCAUGCUUUACCAACAUCCCUGCCGGCCAUUCCCUCCCCUACCCUGGACAACGCUGGGCCAAUUGUGCGCCGCCCCAUGGGUCUCCCGGUCACGACCCCAUAGAAAAUCUUUGGAGGGAGUUGAAAGUCCGUGUUGCCCAGCGACAGCCCCAAAACAUCACUGCUCUAGAGGAGAUCUGCAUGGAGGAAUGGGCCAAAAUAAAAACACAAGAAAUACGAGAUAAAAUAAAGAAAAUACCGCAACGAUGACUAGGUCUUGAGGCAGAAUUUAAUGUAGCACGUUUUUUACCCACACCCUUUUUUAGAUAUAAAGAAGAGGCAGUAUAAAGGAAGGUGUUUUUUUGUCUAGAUAUAAAAGGAAUAUCUGUUUCUCUCUCUUACCAUCUGUCUGUCGUCUGCGUCUCUCCCUCUCUAUCGCGCUCUCUCUCUUUCUUUGUCUCUCUCUCUCAUUAAAGUGCUUCUUAACAUCCCCUGUCCUCAGCAUUAUAUAUAUAUUUUUCGUUUAGGCACUAGGCAGCACCUACUGAUGGUAGCAGAGUUGACAGUUGUUUACCUCAUACCUGCCUUACCACCAGGGUGUCUGGUAAACUGUUCUUCAUGACUGACUGCUGCGGUUCUCCAUCGGCUCUUUGCAUGUCAGAGAUGGUUAAAAGACACUUGCUUUACCUCCUCUGUUUCUGUCUGCUCGCACAGUUAUGGGCUGUCUUCUGUUUAAUAUAAAGUGACAUGCAGUGGUUUCUGUUUACUGGUAGAUGGGGUUAAGGUUGUUAAGAAGACCGGCAAGAUAAUUAAUAUCACCUGUAGAGGUAUUCUAAUAGGUGUCUUUAUCAGAAUGAGGGUAAAGUAAACAUUUCCAAAUGCAUGAAUGCCAAACUCAUAUUUGAAAGCCUGCAUCCCCUCUUACUGAUACUGUACUCACAUUGUUCUGGCACACAUUUCCUCCUGUAUGCUAGAAAUGUUGGUGUACCCCGCCGCGCUGAGCUGAAACACUUAGCAACACCCACACAAAAAAACUCUGUCAUCUACUAUGUACUUGACAACUGGUAAAAACGCCAUUUGACCUGGAUGAUGUCAGUUCCUCCAUCUUGAGGAAAAUGUGUUGAUACCGCUAAGGUGAUACCGCUGGAUGAGCAUGUUUAUGAAUGUGUAUCUGUCCCCCCUAGGGCCACCAUAGGGCUGAGUAUGAGAUCAAAGUCAUGCAGAAGACCCUGAAGAAACAGGAUAUGUCUCCCGAGGUAGGCCUUUUCCUAUCCCUCAUGUGCCUCUUGGUGGGCUGUCAAACACACCAUAAAUAAUAUUCAAUUAUUUAUUUAUUCUAUGUAUGCUUCCAUGCAUAGAAUAAAUGAAUUAUUGAAGAUUAUUUAUGUUGUGUUGUCCAUCUCUUUCAAUAUGGACUUUUCCUUUGGAUAAUUCAUGUGUUCAGUGUUACUCUGUCUAUUAUUUUUCUGCAUCAAUUGUCUGUUUCGCUGGUGCUGUUGAAGAUGGGGACUGGAACCAUCCUAAUGGAAGCACACAGACUGCUUCUCCCCUCUCUCUAUUCUCUGGGCGACAUUUCCCUUUCGCAAAUACGCAUGCACUAUGGGUAAAGGCACCGUGACACAUGGAAUUUGUCGCCUCACGUGAACUCCACUAUUGUAAAGUUAAACAUAUUAGCCACAGUCCAGAACUUUAAUGUCACCUAAGAAUUCCAAUCUGAAGUUGGACUCCUAUAUAGAUGACCUAAAUUCUACUGUCACAGGAUCCACAUGCACAUCUCAUCUUCUCCUCUAAAAUGUAACGUAUCGUGGAGUUGUCCACAACCCAUACCCCCACCCUCAGAUACUCCUAUCAACUAUUUUAUUAGUCUUAGAUGCUCUGCAGUCUAUAAGCUGAACAACCUUCACUGUCUCUAUUUACUGCUGCAUAAAAACAGUUAGCACAUGUUGGAUAUCAGCACAUGCCAGGGUGGUUGUUUCUGUCUGGCUUCCUCUGUUCAGCAGCAAAACUGCAGUUCUUGCAUGUCAGCUCCUUUGUCAUCAGACCACGAAGGAGUCAUUACAUUGCCUUGCGCAUCUGGAAACACUGUCUGAAGUCGCUGACCCUCUUUAAAAAAUAAAUAAAAAUUAUACACAUUGAAAUGCGAUUUGACUGCACGGUUUCGCUUCCAUUAUGUGUGCUUGGUUGGAGCGCCGUCAGUCUGCUCGGGGCGAGAGUCACUCUGGCUUGUUUGGAAAUGGCCGUGUCAGCAUAAGCAAUCACUGCUGAGGUCAGGUUCGCUGUCAGAUAGAUACUACUGCUUGUUUGCUUGUUUAUGUUUGCUCUUAUUUCUCACCUGAUUGUGUAUUAAUUACUCUGUUUCAGGAUGAAAAAGUGAAACUGACAUGUACAGACCGUGCACCAGCAUAUUUGACUGGCCUUUUCAUUAUGCUUUUUAUGGUAAGUUGAUGUGCCCAGGGCCCACAUAUCUUGUUAGUCUGUGGUAUUAGAUCCAAGGACGUCACUAGGACCGGGAUUUCAGGGCUUUAGCCCUGAAUGACUUUGGGUUAACCCCAAAUGUUUUCCGCUGCUGUGAUGGUGUAAAAAAAAAAUGUGGUCAACUGAAUGCAUCGCUUAAUUCAUAGAGCCGUGGUUACGUGAAAUUCCCAAAGUCAUCCAACCGUUAUAAUAAAUGUGAAGUAAUUGCCGUGUGUGGUCAACUAGAUGGUAAUUUCAGCACCGUUUUGAUUGGGACCACGGCAUUGUGCUGCCGUGAGACAAGCACGGGAACUCGUCUUGAUAAAUCAAUCAAAUUUGAUUUUUGUUUUCACUGAAUCUCUGUUUAAAUAUUUGGUUACACAAUUAGACUGGGAAAUGUUAGCUAAGUUGAGGUGAGUGCUCAUGAUCAUCAGUCUAGCAAUUGAAAGCAAUGCAGAUCUUCUGUGCACACGCACAAUUAGGCCUACAGGUAAAUUAGGGAGUAAAUGAGGGAUACAAAGUAUAUUGAAAGCAGGUGCUUCCACACAGGUGUGAUUCCUGAGUUAAUUAAGCAGUUAACAUCCCAUCAUGCUUAGGGUCAUAUAAAAAUGCUGGGCAGGCCAUUAUUUUGUCUACCAUGGCUGUGCCCCCUUAGGAUGACAAUGCCCCCAUCCGCAGGGUACUAGUGGUCACUCAAUGGUUUGCUGAGUAUGAAAACGAUGUAAACCAUAUGCCAUAUGGACGUCUCCGUCACCAGAUCUCAACCCAAUUGAACACAUUUGGGAGAUUCUGGAGCAGCACCUGUGACAGGGUUUUCCACCACAAUCAACAAAUCACCAAAUGAUGGAAAUUAUCAUGGAAGAAUGGCGUCGCAUCCCUCCAAUGGAGUUCCAGACACUUGUAGAAUCUAUGCCAGGGUGCACUGAAGCUGUUCUGGCUCAUGAUGGCCCAACGCCCUAUUAAGACACUUUAUGUGUUUCCAUAAUUUUUGCAGUUACCUGUAUAUAGCCUACCUGAUGAGCUUUCCUGACGUUUUCCUGAAUUUUCCAAUACUUUUCUGAUGCAUUUCAGUCACAGCCUACUGAUGCUAAUACAAAUUUUUACACUUUUACCAUAGGCUAUUCAAGUCAUUUGACAUAUUUUCUUAUUAUCAUUAUGAACAUAGAAACUGUGCCACAAUGGUUAAAAAGGUCAUAAGGCCUACAUCGUUUCUAUAAAAAUAUAGCUAAAACCAUUAUCCAACUCAUUUUCAAACGCUUUUAAAACAUGGAAGCCAAACACGGAAACUAUGGAUACAACUUCCUCUCCGCUCGCGCAUUAUCAUAAUUAAUAUGUUUUCCACUAGAAAUCCCUGCAUUAGCAUGAUUCUGUUAGCUGAUAUAUACUGACAAAAUACACCAUAUUACUGGCCUGCUAAUGUGCCUAGACCAUGUAGGCUAAACUGCUGAGAAAAAACCCUUACAGUGGGGAAAAAAAGUAUUUAGUCAGCCACCAAUUGUGCAAGUUCUCCCACUUAAAAAGAUGAGAGAGGCCUGUAAUUUUCAUCAUAGGUACACGUCAACUAUGACAGACAAAAUGAGGGAAAAAAAUCCAGAAAAUCACAUUGUAGGAUUUUUAAUGAAUUUAUUUGCAAAUUAUGGUGGAAAAUAAGUAUUUGGUCAAUAACAAAAGUUUCUCAAAAACUUUUAUAUACCCUUUGUUGGCAAUGACACAGGUCAAACGUUUUCUGUAAGUCUUCACAAGGUUUUCACACACUGUUGCUGGUAUUUUGGCCCAUUCCUCCAUGCAGAUCUCCUCUAGAGCAGUGAUGUUUUGGGGCUGUCGCUGGGCAACACGGACUUUCAACUCCCUCCAAAGAUUUUCUAUGGGGUCGUGACCGGGAGACCCAUGGGGCGGCGCACAAUUGGCCCAGCGUCGUCCAGGGUAGGGGAGGGAAUGGCCGGCAGGGAUGUUGGUAGAGCAUGGCGUUUGCAACGCCAGGGUUGUGGGUUCGAUUCCCGCGGGGGGCCAGUAUGAAAAAUAAAUAAAAAUAUGUAUGCACUCACUAACUGUAAGUCGCUCUGGAUAAGAGCGUCUGCUAAAUGACUAAAAUAUCAAAUGUAAAUGUAAAAUGUUGAGAUCUGGAGACUGGCUAGGCCACUCCAGGACCUUGAAAUGCUUCUUACGAAGCCACUCCUUCGUUGCCCGGGCGGUGUGUUUGGGAUCAUUGUCAUGCUGAAAGACCCAGCCACGUUUCAUCUUCAAUGCCCUUGCUGAUGGAAGGAGGUUUUCACUCAAAAUCUUACGAUACAUGGCCCCAUUCAUUCUUUCCUUUACACGGAUCAGUCGUCCUGGUCCCUUUGCAGAAAAACAGCCCCAAAGCAUGAUGUUUCCACCCCCAUGCUUCACAGUAGGUAUGGUGUUCUUUGGAUGCAACUCAGCAUUCUUUGUCCUCCAAACACAACGAGUUGAGUUUUUACCAAAAAGUUAUAUUUUGGUUUCAUCUGACCAUAUGACAUUCUCCCAAUCCUCUUCUGGAUCAUCCAAAUGCACUCUAGCAAACUUCAGACGGGCCUGGACAUGUACUGGCUUAAGCAGGGGGACACGUCUGGCACUGCAGGAUUUGAGUCCCUGGCGGCGUAGUGUGUUACUGAUGGUAGGCUUUGUUACUUUGGUCCCAGCUCUCUGCAGGUCAUUCACUAGGUCCCCCCGUGUGGUUCUGGGAUUUUUGCUCACCGUUCUUGUGAUCAUUUUGACCCCACGGGGUGAGAUCUUGCGUGGAGUCCCAGAUCGAGGGAGAUUAUCAGUGGUCUUGUAUGUCUUCCAUUUCCUGAUAAUUGCUCCCACAGUUGAUUUCUUCAAACCAAGCUGCUUACCUAUUGCAGAUUCAGUCUUCCCAGCCUGGUGUAGGUCUACAAUUUUGUUCCUGGUGUCCUUUGACAGCUCUUUGGUCUUGGCCAUAGUGGAGUUUGGAGUGUGACUGUUUGAGGUUGUGGACAGGUGUCUUUUAUACUGAUAACAAGUUCAAACAGGUGCUGUUAAUACAGGUAACGAGUGGAGGACAGAGGAGCCUCUUAAAGAAGAAGUUACAGGUCUAUGAGAGCCAGAAACUUUGCUUGUUUGUAGGUGACCAAAUACUUAUUUUCCACCAUAAUUUGCAAAUAAAUUCAUAAAAAAUCCUACAAUGUGAUUUUCUGGAGAAAAAAAAUCUCAAUUUGUCUGUCAUAGUUGACGUGUACCUAUGAUGAAAAUUACAGGCCUCUCAUCUUUUUAAGUGGGAGAACUUGCACAAUUGGUGGCUGACUAAAUACUUUUUUUCCCCACUGUAUCUGAUCCAAAUGGUUGCCCAAUCAAGCAUCCAAAACGCCAGACUUUGGAGCGGUUAUUCAAAUGACCUAGGCUAUUCACUGAAGUUUACAGCCUAGACUGGAGUUGUGUACUCACUUGAAAACAAUAAUAAUAUUCUUCAUUACAUUGUGUUGUUGUAGCAUACAUUUCUUGUCCCUAAAAAACGGAAACAAAAGGGUAGCUUUUCGAGCUGCAUACCUGGGGACUGGGAGGGAGGGCAAACGCAGCCUCGGGAGCGCACAUAGUGUAGGUUACAAUUUUGUUAUCUGAUUAAAAAAAGACAUAAUUCACUGUGGAAAUUGACGGUUAUAUUCACUGACUGGUAAUACAGACAUGCUUCUGUUGGUCACAGAUACCUUUAAAAAAAAGGUAGGGGCGUGGAUCAGAAAAUCAGUCAGUAUCGGGAUUGACCAACAUUUGCCUCAUGCAGCGUGACACAUCUCCUUUGAAUAGAGUUGAUCAGGCCGUUGAUUGUGGCCUGUGGAAUGUUGUCCCACUCCUCUUCAAUGGCUGUGCAAAGUUGCUGGAUAUUGGUGGGAACUGGAACACGCUGUCUUACACGUCAAUCCAGAGCAUCCCAAACGUGCUCAAUGGGUGACAUGUCUGGUGAGUAUGCAGGCCAUGUAAGAAUUCAAACAUUUUCAGCUUCCAGGAAUUGUGUACGGAUCCUUGCGACAUAGGGCCGUGCAUUAUCAUGCUGCAACAUGAGGUGAUGGCGGCAAAUGAAUGGCACUACAAUGGGCCUCAUGAUCUCGUCACGGUAUCUCUGUGCGUUCAAAUUGCCAGAGAUAUAAUGCAAUUGUGUUCGUUGUCCGUAGCUUAUGCCUGCUCAUACCAUAACCCCACCGCCACCAUAGGGCACUCUGUUCACAAUGUUGACAUCAGCAAACCGCUCGCCCACACGACACCAUACACGUGGUCUGCGGUUGUGAGGCUGGUUGGAUGUACUGCCAAAUUCUCUAAAAGACAUUGGAGGCGGCUUAUGGUAGAGAAAUUAACAUUAAAUUAUCUGGCAACAGCGCUGGUGGAUAUUCCUGCAGUCAUCGUGCCAAUUGCAUGCUCCCUCAAAACUUGAGACAUCUGUGGCAUUGUGUUGUGUGACAAAACUGCACAUUUUAGAAUGGCCUUUUUAUUGUCCGCAGCACAAGGUGCACCUGUGUAAUAAUCAUACUGUUUAAUCAGCUUCUUGAUAUGCCACACCUGUCAGGUGGAUGGAUUAUCUUGGCAGAGGAGAAAUGCUCAUUAACAGGGAUGUAAACAAAUUUGUGCACAACAUUUCAGAGAAAUAAGCUUUUUGUGCAUAUGAAACAUUUCUGGGGAUCUUUUAUUUCAGCUCAUGAAACAUGGGACCAACACUUUACAUGUUGCGUUUAUAUUUUUGUUCAGUGUAUUUCAACUGAUUUUCUUUAGCCUACUAAUAGCCUAUUGGAGGACAGAUGCAUGCUUCCUCUUGCUUGCUGAAUGUAAAAUAGGCUAAAGCAUUAAGAACAGGCGGGGAGUUGGAAAGGAGAAGCCCAUAUUGUCCUAUAGUAGGCUUAUCUUAACACUGAUAGGCUACAUCCAGACAAAAUACACCAUAUGAUUGGCCGGCUAACAUACCUUUCUGGACCUUCUACACUGUCGAGAAUAGACCCAAACUGAUCCAAAUGGUUGCAUAAUCAGGCCUAGGGUGUAGACCUAUGCAGUUAUUUUGGCAUGAAAGAAAACAGGAUGUUUGAGCGGUUAUUCAAAUUUACAGCCUAGGGCCAAUAAUUGUGGACUCACUUGAUAACAAUAAUUGUCACGCCCUGACUCAGAGGACGCUUGUAUGUUGAGUCAGGGUGUGUAUUUUCCUUGCUGUGUUUGUUCAUGUUGUACAGUCUAGUAUGUAUAGAUCUAUGUUGGCCUGUGUGGUUCCCAAUCAGAGGCAGCUGUCGCUCGUUGUCUCUGAUUGGGGACCAUACUUAGGCAGCCUAUUGGCACUAGUGGGUUGUGGGAUCUUGUUCCGUGUGAGGUAUGUUGUUUGUGUACCUUGGACUUCACAUUUCGUUUCUUGUUUUGUCGAGUGUUUAUUAAGUUUAAAUAAACAUGUAUGUAUAUCACGCUGCGCCUUGGUCUGACCCGUCCUUCAACGAACGUGACAAUAAUAAAUUCCUCAUUGCACUGUGUUGUAGCCCAGGUAUAAUAAUUAUCUUGUUUAAAGACGGAAGCCUAGGCCUAAUCAAUAGUGGAGCUUUGAGUGCCUGACAACCACAGAGCGCAGCCUGAAGGAACGCACUACAGAUCUGCCAUUUCAUCAUCUGUUUUUUCUUGCUCUUCAAUAUUUAGCUAAUGAAUGGCCUAAUAUCUAGAUAAUAUUUAGCUUCUUACUCUACACAUCAAUAGCCUCUCUCUUCCAUCUGUUCCUGUGCGCAAUAGGCUAUAUGCCACAGGUUUGGUCAGAGUAACCCUUUGUAAGGCAACGGGUUCUCCCUAGAACCUUUAACAUCCUAAGAACCAUUUUUGGAAGAUAGGUGUCUUAGAUGAUUCUUUGGAAGGUAAGAAGGAUUCUUUGGAAGUCAAGAAGGGUUCUACAUAGAACCAUAUAUAAUAUUUCCCAGCAUGCUCUAUUGCAGGGAUAUUUUCAGAAUUGUUUGUUUUACUGCAAUAUUUGUGUUUUUGCAUGUACAUUAAUAAUAAUAAUAAUAAUAAUAUGCCAUUUAGCAGACACUUUUAUCCAAAGUGACUUACAGUCAUGUGUGCAUACAUUUUUACGUAUGGGUGGUCCCAGGGAUCGAACCCACUACCCUGGCGUUACAAGCGCCAUGCUCUACCAAUUGAGCUACAGAGGACCACAUUGAUUGGUUUAUUUAAUUGUAUGCUACACAAAAAUAAAUGUAGUUUUCUAAACUAAUCCAAUCUGUUAGUAUUUUGAUUUAUUGUACCCCUUACUGAGAUGUUUGUUCCAGUUUAGAUGAUUGAGGUAGUCUGUGUUCAAUCUCCCCUAUCCUGGCAGUCAUUCUGAAUGUAGAUUGUGGGUUAUUAACAAUUCCACUAGUUGGAUAUCCUAACGCUGGCUGAACUCCAAUAGGAAUUACACAUCACUUUGUAAGCCAUCAUAAUGUGGCUUGCAUGCCUGAUGUGGCCUGUAAACCAGGAGAUUCCUAACACCACUGUGUUAGGGUAUAACUAGGCCCUCAAAGAAAGGCCUUAUGAUAUACUGUAUGUAAUGUACUGUCAUAAAUAAUGACAUUUUAAAUGCUAAUAAGGCUGGUGGAACCGUUCAUAGAGGGUUCUAGGAAGAACCCUCCAAAGAUAAAAGGGUUCUCGGCAGAACCCUUUAUAGAGGGUUCUAUGUAGAACCAUAUACAGGGGGUUCUUUACAGAAUCCUGCAUAGACAGUUCUAGAUAGAACCCUCUGCAAAGGGUUCUACCUAGCACCAAAAAGGGUUCCCCUAUUGGGACAAACCGAAGAACCCUGUAUGGUUCUACUUUUUUCUAAGAGUGUACAGCAUAGAAAAUGCAUGUCGGGGAAAGUUGAAGAGAGAAUGUGCAUUGGUGUGAUCACUUUUGGCCAGUUAUGAUAACAUUGUUGCACUGAUGCAUUGCAAAUAGUUGUACAGGACAGAGAGAUGAUCACUGAAAAAUAAGACCCAAAGGACUUGACAACCGUUAGAAAAAUGGAAAUCACUUGAAAACCACUUGAGCAACAAGGCAAUGACAUGCUGUAAAAGAGGCGCAGGCUAAACAGCGUUUGUUGUUGAAUUGCUACAUUUAAAUACAAGUUACUAUAUUUUUCAUUAGGCCUACAUUGAAGUAUUAUUUGCAGUUGUCACUGUGACAAUGAACACACCCUGAAAGCGCUGAAUGGUCUUGUUUUACCAACUUAAUAGGCAGCAUGCAGUAGGAUGCGUCGAUCAGUUGAUUGACAGGUGUAGGACUGUAGAACGAUAAACUUCCUCUGGAGUGGAUGCUCACCAACGUUUUAUAGUUAGCCUAUAGUUUAUCAUUAUAGUUAUCAUUAUUGGCUUGGCGGCUGGCCCUUAACUCUGACACCACAACUAACGUUAACACAACAGAACUAGUAGGUCUAGCUAACGUUAGCGAACUUGAACAAAAUCCAUAUUAAAUUACACUUAAUACACUUACGCUUAUACUUGUUUACUUCACUUUUAUGCUGUAUAAAUUGAUUCCUUCAAAUAAUUUACACUGGCAAGUAUGCCACCUGCACACUGCAGUAGGGAAGUAAAGCAGAAGUCGGAAUCCAUCACUUCCUUUGUUUGGCUGUACCCAUAGCAAUGUUCGAAAAUGAGGUGGAUAGGUUAUUUUCAAUAAAACGUCACAAUACGUGGAGAGAACCAGCUUCGCUAAAAUCAUUGACAACUACUUGCCGUUUUGAAGGGAUUGUUAAAUAAAUGUUAGCCUAUAACUAUUUGGUUUUAAAAUCAUCACCUAUUGAGCAUAGUCAGAACUACAAAUGUCUGAUUAUUCCAUGCAAAACAAUUGCGCACAUUUAGCUCUAUCAUCAGAGUUAUACAGCAAGUAAUCUUAAUUCAGUGUACUUGUCUUUAACUGCCAUUUCCGGAAAGUCCGACUCUUCCCACACAUCAACAUAUUUUUCUCAGCUUCAGAAGCAUCUGCAUUCACCAAAUGUGGUGUGGUUAUCCUUAGAUAUAUUCUCCAGACUUGCCCAGAGGGAAUUGUUGCUAUGCUGUUAAUUUUGUAUUCUAGAUAAUAUUUUAUUUUACAUAUGUCUUAUGUAUUUUACAGAUUGAAAGAUGAAAAGCGUAUUUAUCCACAAUCUGCUCUGGACAAGUCCGCUCCUGGAGUGUCUUGACAAAAUGAAACAAAAAUAUUUAGGCUGACUUCAUCCAGUGUCCAGAAAAAAUAAUUAGCAUGAUAUGAAAAUAUGUGCAUAUUUAAUGAGAUAUAGCUUAAUUUGCAUAUUUUAAGACUAUAUUUCAGAAACAUUUUAAUACAAAAAAGCAUUUUAUUUGUGUUUACAUUCAACUGGUAAAAGUUGAUUUGUGAUAUGAUUAAGAUAAACAAAUUAUCCCUAUUAGGGUGUGGAGCCUGGCCAUAAACAGCUCAUGAAGUCGAAGGUUGUCUUCUCUUGCCUCCUCUGCAGGUUGGUGUGACCUUUGCCAUAGUGUUCGGGGUCAUCCUGUACAGAAUCUCCAUCAGGGCUGCCUUACACAUGAGCUCCAAUCUCACGGCUCGCUCCAACGUCCGGGCAACUGUCAAGGGCACCGCUGCUGUCAUCAACCUGGUGAUGAUCAUCAUCAUGGAUGAGGUCUACGGUGCCUUAGCUCGCAGGCUCACUCUUCUUGGUUAGUCCCUUAAAUAUGAAAAGGAUGCUGUGAUCACACAACUGUAUCAUAUUAGCCAAGCUCACCCUGUAUUAGGCCCUGCAGUCUAUCCGCGAGUGCUACCUGUAUUGACUGUAUUUCAAAUUUUUUAUUACAUUUUUAACUACCUUCCUCAACUACUUUUCAGUGUCGGCUACAAAAGCUACAGUUCUGGAUUAUAACCCCCUUGAUCACUGAAACCUCUCCAGUUUUUUAUCAAUCAGGUGACUCAUUGUGUUUGUAUUCUCAGAGGUGCCAAAGACUGACAAGAGUUUUGAGGAGAGGCUGAUUUUCAAGACCUUUGUUCUGAAGUUUGCCAACGCCUUCACCCCCAUCGUCUACCUGGCCUUCUUCAGGGGCAGGUUGAACUCUCCUCUACUCUAUUUGACUAAUAAGCCUCUUCACAACUCAAAUAUCUAAACAGAUAUUUGCCAUAGAAACUUUCACCAUAAAACCCAAGUCUGUUUAAUAAUGUGUAUUGUAGUGUGAUUUACACUUCUUACAGAUACAGUGGCCAAUGAAUGUUACCCUUUUUCAACCUGUAUGUCCACAGAAUGGUUGGGCGUCCUGGGGACUAUGUGUAUGUUAUCGGGUCAUACAGGAUGGAGGAGGUAAUCAACUGUGUUUAUCUUUAAACAUUGACCAGAAAGCUUUUUAAAUGCUGACCAAAAAAAGUCUAAAUUCUUCAUGAUGCAAUGCUGGAUAAUCAAUGGAAAUAUUACCAUAUGCUGUAAUGGUUAUAACCCUCCCUUGUUUACAAAGUAACAGGGGAAAGAUCCGUUAUAGGUAUCCCAGGGCAGUCGUAUAGGUUCCAGGCCUGGUGCCCUUGAGCCCUAUCCUAAAGACAGUUGGCAUUGUAGAUAACAUCAAAGCUAACCAACCUAUCAGAGAAAACAGAAGUAUAACAAUUAUAGCCCUUCCAACCUGUUAGAUUGAGAUUACCUCUGUUAUCUGUGUGUCUGAUUGGUUUGACUGCUGUCUCGUCUGCACACCAGUGUGCCCACGCAGGUUGCCUGAUGGAGCUGUGUAUUCAGCUCUGCAUCACCAUGCUGGGCAAACAGCUCAUCCAGAACAACCUGUUUGAAAUCGCCAUCCCGUAAGUACAGUACAGAACCGGCGCCAAACUGUCUGGAUGAAACUAGGACAUAAUCACACACACACCCACUCACUCUCACACGCACAUGCAUGCAGGCACACACACACACACACGCAAGCACACAAGCAUUAAAAGAAUGAUGCUCAGGGCUAGACUCAUAUUAAUACCGUUUAUUUUCUCUGCUCACUACAGUAAAAUAAAGAAGCUGAUCAGGCGUCAGAGGUCUGAAAUGGACUCUCAGCAGCAGGAGGACUAUAACAUGACCCUACAGCGCCAUGAGAAGGACCACUUCCUGGGUCCCUUUGUGGGCCUCAGCCCAGAGUACAUGGAGAUGAGUGAGUCAUAUGUCUGUCUCUCUGCACAUCAUGUAAAGCUCCUGACAGCUUACUGAUGAUCAGCCGCCCUCAGCCCACCCUAUUCCAAAUGCUCCUUAUCACAUGAGACAGAAGGAAAAUGAACUACUGCAGUGUGCCGUGAGUAGAGAUUUGGAGCAAAGGAUCAUAUACAGUGAGGGAAAAAAGUAUUUGAUCCCCUGCUGAUUUUGUACGUUUGCCCACUGGAGAGAGCUCUUUGGUAUUGGCCACUCUCCACCAUGGCCAAUACCAAAGAGCUCUCCAAGGAUGUCAGGGACAAGAUUGUAGAUGUACACAAGGCUGGAAUGGGCUACAAGACCAUCGCCAAGCAGCUUGGUGAGAAGGUGACAACAGUUGGUGCGAUUAUUCGCAAAUGGAAGAAACAAAAAAGAACUGUCAAUCUCCCUCGGCCUGGGGCUCCAUGCAAGAUCUCACCUCGUGGAGUUGCAAUGAUCAUGAGAACGGUGAGGAAUCAGCCCAGAACUACACGGGAGGAUCUUGUCAAUGAUGUCAAGGCAGCUGGGACCAUAGUCACCAAGAAAACAAUUGGUAACACACUACGCCGUGAAGGACUGAAAUCCUGCAGCGCCCACAAGGUCCCCCUGCUCAAGAAAGCACAUCUACAGGCCCGUCUGAAGUUUGCCAAUGAACAUCUGAAUGAUUCAUAGGAGAACUGGGUGAAUGUGUUGUGGUCAGAUGAGACCAAAAUCGAGCUCUUUGGCAGCAACUCAACUAGCCAUGUUUGGAGGAGGAGGAAUGCUGCCUAUGACCCCAAGAACACCAUCCCCACCGUCAAACAUGGAGGUGGAAACAUUAUGCUUUGGGGGUGUUUUUCUGCUAAGGGGACAGGACAACUUCACCGCAUCAAAGGGACGAUGGACGGGGCCAUGUACUGUCAAAUCUUGGGUGAGAACCUCCUUCCCUCAGCCAGGGCAUUGAAAAUGGGUCGUGGAUGGGUAUUCCAGCAUGACAAUGACACAAAACACACGGCUAAGGCAACAAAGGAGUGGCUCAAGAAGAAGCACAUUAAGGACCUGGCGUGGCCUAGCCAGUCUCCAGACCUUAAUCCCAUAGAAAAUCUGUGGAGGGAGCUGAAGGUUCGAGUUGCCAAACGUCAGGCUCGAAACCUUAAUGACUUGGAGAAGAUCUGCAAAGAGGAGUGGGACAAAAUCCCUCCUGAGAUGUGUGCAAACCUGGUGGCCAACUACAAGAAACGUCUGACCUCUGUGAUUGCCAACAAAGGUUUUGCCACCAAGUACUAAGUCUUGUUUUGCAGAGGGGUCAAAUACUUAUUUCCCUCAUUAAAAUGCAAAUCAAUUUAUAACAUUUUUGACAUGCGUUUUUCUGGAUUUUUGUUGUUGUUAUUCUGUCUCUCACUGUUCAAAUAAACCUACCAUUAAAAUUAUAGACUGAUCAUGUCUUUGUCAGUGGGCAAACGUACAAAAUCAGCAGGGGAUCAAAUACUUUUUUCCCUCACUGUAGAUCAUAUAGAUCCUAUUUAAUUCUAGGGAUGUGAUAAGCAUGUCUGAUUGGCAUUUCCCUUUUAAGGUCAACUAAUUACUGCCAAUGAAUUACAUCUAAUGUACUGUGCACGACAUACUGACCAGUGUAGUGUGUACAUUAGUUGACAAAUUAUUUUAAACUCUUGGUUUUAAGCUCUUGCUAUUGAGGUCAGGUCUUUGUGGGUUUUUUAUGCAGGGAUGACAACAAUGUUUGUAUGAAAUUGGCAACUUUGUUAAAUGUCAUUGAUUACUGGAAAUAGCAAGCAAUAAAAUGUUAUCCUCAGUAACCACUGCUCUUUACGCAGUAAUCCCUUUAUCGACAGCAUAGCAUGACAUUUGAUUUACGAUAAGAAAUGUUAUUUCAUGCAACUCACAGUAUUAGAUCCUGAUUAGUUGUAAAACCUCCGAUGUGGAACCCUUUCUAAAAUGCAUAUUCUCUGCAUGAGAUAAUCUUCAGUGGAGAAGCAGAGAACCGUUCCGUCUAUAAUGCCCAUGUAAUCAGCCUAAGUGGAUUCAGUUGACCUGAUUUUACUUUAGUCCUUAUAUGUCUUUAUCAGUGGCAUCUUUCAUAAUUGCAGCAUCAAACUGAAUAACUGGACAAUCUCUAAAGCAUGUUCAUUGAAAAGACACAUUGUGUAAGAUGGAGAUGGGGGAAACCUCAAACAUCUGUGCCAUAACAUACUGAUACUACUACAAUCUUACUGCUCCCUCUCACUAUCCGUGCAGUGGAUAAACCUUGAAUAAUUACUUUAUGGAAUUCAUUCACAGUAUUUUGAGCUAAAGUGUUUAUAAUGCAGUUCCAUGACCAUACCCUGGCACACCACACCAUACCCUGAUGCAUAGACGCCAUAAAGAAGGAUUGUGGUGAUGAUUCCAGGGUUAGUUCAAUCUGUCUAGUUAGUAGUUAUACUAGUUAUACUGUACAACUUUAUCAACUAGAAAUGGUUAAUCUCCGGGUAGCAGCUAUAGAAGCACAGUUAUAUUGCUGUGGCAUACAGUCCCAUCUACACUGACUCAAAGAUUCAGUCCAUCUUUAGGUUGGUAGGCAUGCCUGUUUAAGUGGCUUUUUCAAGGGUACUCAACUGAAAACCAGCUAGAAUUAAUAUAUGGAUGCAGCAGACAUGAAACCUGUACAAAGGCACAAAAGGCCAGAGUGUUUGAACCCAUUCAGACUGUGAAGUGGGCCUUUUUUUUUUGUUGUUGCUUGAAUCUCUGCAAGUUUUACCCAGUACAUUUCAGUAAGGUUUCUGACUGUGGCCAUCUGAAAGCAAGUGCAGAAACAUGGUGUGUCCUCAUUCAACCAUCUGAUUCAUUUUUGCUAAGACAUGUUCAUCUCUCAUGUGUUCUCUUUGUAGUAUGUACUGUGCAUUUAAAUGUAAAAAAUGUAAAUGCAUAUCUAGCAUAAUCUGGUAUUAGAAGGAGAUGAUUAUAGGCUUCAUUUCAGAUAUGCCCUGUGCUCCUCUUUACAACUUCCCUCUAUACUCAUGCUCCAGUUAUCUAAUUUGAGAUCUAGUCUACCCAGCAUGCUUUGUGUUGAUUUCCUUGUGGUUAUAAUGUCCAUUUGAAUAUAUCAGUUUUGUUUUUUAACUCGCAGUCAUCCAGUUUGGGAUGGUGACCCUGUUUGUGGCCUCCUUUCCCUUGGCGCCACUCUUUGCUCUGCUCAAUAACAUCAUCGAGAUCCGUCUGGAUGCUAAGAAGUUUGUCACAGAGGUCAGGAGGCCCAUCGCAGCCAGAGCAAAAGACAUUGGUAAGUUUCCAUCUACACACUUUAACAGCACUGGUCUAUUGAUGCUAUAAUAAAAAUAACUUUUUUUGCCUACUUUCUUCGACUUUUCGAAUUGAAUUUGACUUAAUUGGAGAUUCCCAGGAUUGACCCUACAUGAUAGAUACCAAAUUGAAAUAGGUAGCAGGAGUUUCCCAUCUGAAAACACAGGUCCCUCACAAAUGUUUUGGUCUUGUUUGUGUGAUUACGUCAUUGAGUCAGUCUCUGACUUUGACCAAAUACUGUGGCUAUUUGGUUUGAAUGCAAUACAUUUUUCUCAUAAAAUAAUGCAGUAAAAUCUAAUGAUCCUUAAACCCCUUAUCAUUAUAUCCAUUCAGUGGGAUAUACAUUUAUUUUUGUUAAUGUUUUUCAUUUAUGGUGUGACCAUUAUACAUUUCUUUUAACCAAUGAAUCAACCAUUGCAUCUACCAUUUUUAAUUAAAGUAGGUACAUGUUAUAAAGCCCACUUGUCUACCCAGUUAUUGGUGUUUUGGGCAUAUCUCCAUAUCUUAUUUUUUCUCUCAGGCAUCUGGUAUAAUCUUCUGAGAGGGCUCAGCAAAGUAGCAGUCAUUGUAAAUGUAAGUGCAUACCUUCACAUUAAUAAAAACAUUUAAAGUGCUCAUUAUUUCCAGGUCUGUCAUCAAGAUUAUACUAUGUUGACAUUUUGUAAUUUGCGUUAGUGGACAUUUGGAGAUAAUUUUGGUCAUAACACCUCUCCCCCACUCCUCUGUCUGCUCUCUCCAGGCGUUUGUGAUUUCCUUUACGUCAGACUUCAUCCCUCGACUAGUCUACCAGUACAUGUACAGCCCUGAUGGCUCCAUGCAUGGCUUUGUCAACCACACCCUGUCCUACUUCAACGUCAGUGACUUCCAGCCUGGCACUGCUCCUCUGCAGCCAAUGCACCUGGGGUAUGAAGUGCAGAUAUGCAGGUAAGACAAUCCAAAUAUUAUUGCCCCCCACGAUGAAAUCAGGAAGGGGACUAUGAAUCUGUCUCCGUCCAUACGUGUGUGCGUACGUACAUACGUCACACACGAUAUCUCAGACACCACUGGCCCAAUUUUGACGAAACUUGGGUGAAUGAUGUCUUGCCAUAGAGGUCCGACAUUUACACAAUUACACGGAUUGGCCAGAUGGUGGCACUAUAACAAGCGAUUGAAAAUGACAACUUUGAAAGGUCACGCUCCUCACUCUGUUUGACAUAAUGUCAUGAAAUUAGCUACAUAGGUCCCCUCUCUUCACAAGGAACAAUUUUGCCUCAGCGACCUGUAAGGUCCACCAUGAUGGAUUCUCCGCCAUUUUGAAUGAAAAACACAAAAACGCUUCUCCUCUGGCACUGUAUGAUCGAUCUGCAUGAAACUUGCAUGAAAGGUCUCAACGUAAUAUUUUCCAGACUAGUAAUUAAAACAACAUGGCCGCUAUUGACCAAAGCUAACGGUAAUUUACCAAAGUAACCGGAGUCUUCAAUAAUUUGGGCAAUUUAACAGAAUCUAUGGCAACUUUUGUCAUUUCUACUUGAAUAACUUUAUUUUUUUAUAUAUGUGUCCAUAUUGUCAAUUAGUUUCUAUUAGAUAAACCAUAUGGUUCAAGAGAAAAAUUGCCUAAUUAAUUUCAAAAGCAUCUAAUCAACAAUGGCAUUAUUUUCAAUAAACUCUGCAACUCUUCCAACUAUUGACUUUUUUCACAACUGUCACCAGUUUGACGACAAAACAUUGACAACAAAUACACUACAUGACCAAAAUGUCGAACAUCUCAUUCCAAAAUCAUGGGUAUUAAUAUGGAGUUGGUCCCCGCUUUGCUGCUAUAACAGCCUCCACUCUUCUGGGAAGGCUUUCUACUAGAUGUUGGAACAUUGCUGCGGGCACUUGCAUCCAUUCAGCCACAAGAGCAUUAGUGAGGUCGGGCACUGGUGUUGGGCGAUUAGGCCUGGCUCGCAGUCGGCAUUCCAAUUCAUCCCAAAGGUGUUCGAUGGGGUUGAGGUCAGGGCUCUGUGCAGGCCAGUCAAGUUCUUCCACAGCGAUCUCGACAAACAAUUUCUGUAUGGACCGCGCUUUCAUGCUGAAACAGGAAAGGGCCUUCCCCAAACUGUUGCCACAAAGUUGGAAGCACAGAAUCGUCUAGAAUGUAAUUGUAUGCUGUAGCGUUACGAUUUCCCUUCACUGGAACUAAGGAGCAUAGCCUGACCCAUGAAAAACAGCCCCAGACCAUUAUUCCUCAUCCACUAAACUUUACAGUUUCGGGCAGGUAGCGUUCUCCUGGCAUCCGCCAAACCCAGAUUUGUCAGUCGGACUGCCAGAUGGUGAAGCGUGAUUCAUCACUCCAGAGAACGCGUUUCCUCUGCUCCAGAGUCCAAUGACGGCGAGGUUUACACCACUCCAGCCGAUGCUUGGCAUUGCACAUGGUGAUCAGCGGCUGCUCGGCCAUGGAAACCCAUUUCAUGAAGCUCCGAUGAACAGUUAUUGUGCUGACAUUGCUUCCAGAGGCAGUUUGAAACUUGGUAGUGAGUGUUGCAACCGAGGACAGACAAUUUUUACGCGUUUCAGCACACGGCGGUCCCGUUCUGUGAGCUUGUGAGACCUACCACUUCGACGGCUGAGCCGUUAAUGCUCCUAGACGUUUCCACUUCACAAUAACAGCACUUACAUUUGACCAGGUCUAGCAGGGCAGAAAUGUGACUUACUGACUUGUUGGAAAGGUGGCAUCCUAUGACGGUGCCACGUUGAAAGUCACUGAGCUCUUCAGUAAGGCCAUUCUACUGCCAAUGUUUGUCUAUGAAGAUUGCAUGGCUGUGUGCUCGAUUUUAUACACCUGUCAGCAACAGGUGUGGCUGAAAUAGCCGAAUCCACUAAUUUUGAAGGUGUCCACAUAAUUUUGUAUAUAUAGUGUACAUAUUGACAUAGUAAAAUAAAUAAAAUGUAUAAUUAAAAGGGAUCAUGCUGAAACCCUCAUAUUAAACACCAAUGGUAUUCACUAAAUUGAUGGUUUAGGAUAAUGUUUUACAGCUUUGUCAUUCUAUUAUUGUUUUUUCAUUAUUUCAAAUAUUUUACAUGUGAUAAGGCCCCACAGAGGGCCAAAUGUAAUUACAGACACCUGUAAUAAUCUGUCUUGUGAUGGAUUACAUAAAUUCCUUGAAAGAUACAACAAUUCUGGUUGUUUACUGGUAAACUUCACAAGUUUCCAGUAAUAUAUAUUGUCCCUUUGCAACCCUUCUCAAGACUCAACAUAUGCAAGAACAUUCAUAUCGACCAACUGGUGGCGCUAUAACGGACACAUGUUUUGUUACUAUCCAUACCUGACAGGUAUGGCAUAUCAAGAAGCUGAUUAAACACCAUGAUCAUGACACAGGUGCACCUUCUGCUGGGGACAAUAAAAGUCCACUCUAAAAUGUGCAGUUUUGUCAUACAACACAUUGCCACAGAUGUCUCAAGUUUUAAGGAAGCGUGCAAUUGGCAUGCUGACUGCAGGAAUGUCCACCAGAGCUGUUGCCAGAUAAUUGAAUGUUCAUUUCUCUACCAUAAGCCGUCGUUUUAGAAUUUAGCAGUACAUCCAACCGGCCUCACAACCGCAGACCACGUGUAACCACGCCAGCCCAGGACCUCCACAUCCAUCUUCUUCACCUGCGGGAUCAUCUGAGACCAGCCACCCGGACAGCUGAUGAAACUGUGGGUUUACACAACCGAAUAAUUUCUGCACAAACUGUCAGAAACCGUCUCAGGGAAGCUCAUUUGCGUGCUCGUAGUCCUCGCCAGGGCCUUGACCUGACUGCAGUUCGGCGUCGUAACCGACUUCAGUGGGCAAAUGCUCACCUUCGAUGGCCAGAAGUGUGCUCUUCACGGAUGAAUCCCAGUUUCAACAGUACCGGGCAGAAGGCAGACAGUGUGUAUGGUGUCGUGUGGGCGAGCGGUUUGCUGAUGUCAAUGUUGUGAACAGAGUGCCCCAUGGUGGCGGUGGGGUUAUGGUAUGGCCAGGCAUAAGCUACGGACAAUGAACACAAUUGCAUUUUAUCGAUGGCAAUUUGAAUACACAGAGAGACCGUGACGAGACCCUGAGGCCCAUUGUUGUGCCAUUCAUCCGCCGCCAUCAACUCAUGUUUCAGCAUGAUAAUACACGGCCCCAUGUCGCAAGGAUCUGUACACCAUUCCUGGAAGAUGAAAAUGUCCCAGUUCUUCCAUGGCCUGCAUACUCACCAGACAUGUCACCCAUUGAGCAUGUUUGGGAUGCUCUGGACCGAUGUGUACGACAGCGUGUUCCAGUUCCCGCCAAUAUCCAGCAACUUCACACAGCCAUUGAAGAGGAGUGGGACAACAUUCCACAGGCCACAAUCAACAGCCUUAUCAACUCUAUUAGAAGGAGAUGUGUCGCGCUGCAUGAGGCACACCAGAUACUGACUGAUUUUCUGAUCCACGCCCCUACUUUUUUUUUAAAGGUAUCUGUGACCAACAGAUCCAUAUCUGUAUUCCCAGUCAUGAAAUCCAUAGAUUAGGGUCUAAUUUAUUUAUUUCAAUUGACUGAUUUCCUUAUAUGAACUGUCACUCAGUAAAAUCUUUGAAAUUGUUGCAUGUUGCGUUUAUAUUUUUGUUCAGUGUGUGUGUGUAUGUAUGUGUGUGUAUAUAUAUAUAUAUUACACAGUGAGGGGGAAAAAAGUAUUUGAUCCCCUGCUGAUUUUGUAUGUUUGCCCACUGACAAAGAAAUUAUCAGUCUAUAAUUUUAAUGGUAGGUUUAUUUGAACAGAAUAACAACAAAGAAAUCCAGAAAAACGCAUGUCAAAAAUGUUAUAAAUUGAUUUGAAUUUUAAUGAGGGAAAUAAGUAUUUGACCCCCUCUCAAUCAGAAAGAUUUCUGGUGUCUUUUUUAUACAGGUAACGAGCUGAGAUUAAGAGCACACUCUUAAAGGGAGUGCUCCUAAUCUCAGCUUGUUACCUGUAUAAAAGACACCUGUCCACAGAAGCAAUCAAUCAAUCAGAUUCCAAACUCUCCACCAUGGCCAAGACCCAAGAGCUCUCCAAGGAUGUCAGGGACAAGAUUGUAGACCUACACAAGGCUGGAAUGGGCUACAAGACCAUCGCCAAGCAGCUUGGUGAGAAGGUGACAACAGUUGGUGCGAUUAUUCGCAAAUGGAAGAAACACAAAAUAACUGUAAAUCUCCCUCGGCCUGGGGCUCCAUGCAAGAUCUCACCUCGUGGAGUUGCAAUGAUCAUGAGAAUGGUGAGGAAUCAGCCCAGAACUACACGGGAGGAUCUUGUCAAUGAUCUCAAGGCAGCUGGGACCAUAGUCACCAAGAAAACAAUUGGUAACACACUACGCCGUGAAGGACUGAAAUCCUGCAAGGUCCCCCUGCUCAAGAAAGCACAUAUACAUGCCUGUCUGAAGUUUGCCAAUGAACAUCUGAAUGAUUCAGAGGAGAACUGGGUGAAAGUGUUGUGGUCAGAUGAGACCAAAAUCGAGCUCUUUGGCAUCAACUCAACUCGCCGUGUUUGGAGGAGGAGGAAUGCUGCCUUUGACCCCAAGAACACCAUCCCCACCGUCAAACAUGGAGGUGGAAACAUUAUGCUUUGGGGGUGUUUUUCUGCUUAGAGGACAGGACAACUUCACCACAUCAAAGGGACAAUGGACGGGGCCAUGUACCGUCAAAUCUUGGGUGAGAACCUCCUUCCCUCAGCCAGGGCAUUGCAAAUGGGUCGUGGAUGGGUAUUCCAGCAUGACAAUGACCCAAAACACACGGCUAAGGCAACAAAGGAGUGGCUCAAGAAGAAGCACAUUAAGGUCCUGGAGUGGCCUAACCAGUCUCCAGACCUUAAUCCCAUAGAAAGUCUGUGGAGGGAGCUGAAGGUUGGAGUUGCCAAACGUCAGCCUUGAAACCUUUAUGACUUGGAGAAGAUCUGCAAAGAGGAGUGGGACAAAAUCCCUCCUGAGAUGUGUGCAAACCUGGUGACCAAUCACAAGAAACGUCUGACCUCUGUGAUUGCCAACAAGGGUUUUGCCACCAAGUACAAAGUCAUGUUUUGCAAAGGGGUCAAAUACUUAUUUCCCUCAUUAAAAUGCAAAUCAAUUUAUAACAUUUUUGACAUGCGUUUUUCUGGAUUUUUUUGUUGUUAUUCUGUCUCUCAAUGUUCAAAUAAACCUACCAUUAAAAUUAUAGACUGAUAAUUUCUUUGUCAUUGGGCAAACAUACAAAAUCAGCAGGGGAUCAAAUACCUUUUUCCCUCACUGUGUGUACAUAUAUAUAUAUAUAUAUAUAUAUAUAUAUACAGUGGGGAGAACAAGUAUUUGAUACACUGCCGAUUUUGCAGGUUUUCCUACUUACAAAGCAUGUAGAGGUCUGUAAUUUGUAUCAUAGGUACACUUCAACUGUGAGAGAGAUGGAAUCUAAAACAAAAAUCCAGAAAAUCACAUUAUUAUUUUUAAGUAAUUAAUUUGCAUUUUAUUGCAUGACAUAAGUAUUUGAUACAUCAGAAAAGCAGAACUUAAUAUUUGGUACAGAAACCUUUGUUUGCAAUUACAGAGAUCAUAUGUUUCCUGUAGGUCUUGACCAGUUUUGCACACACUGCAGCAGGGAUUUUGGCCCACUCCUCCAUACAGACCUUCAGGUUUCGGGGCUGUCGCUGGGAAAUACAGACUUUCAGCUCCCUCCAAAGAUUUUCUAUUGGGUUCAGGUCUGGAGACUGGCUAGGCCAUUCCAGGACCUUGAGAUGCUUCUUACGGAGCCACUCUUUAGUUGCCCUGGCUGUGUGUUUCGGGUCGUUGUCAUGCUGGAAGACCCAGCCACGACCCAUCUUCAAUGCUCUUACUGAGGGAAGGAGGUUGUUGGCCAAGAUCUCGCGAUAUAUGGCCCCAACCAUCCUCCCCUCAAUACAGUGCAGUCGUCCUGUCCCCUUUGCAGAAAAGCAUCCCCAAAGAAUGAUGUUUCCACCUCCAUGCUUCACGGUUGGGAUGGUGUUCUUGGGGUUGUACUCAUCCUUCUUCUUCCUCCAAACACGGCGAGUGGAGUUUAGACCAAAAAGCUCUAUUUUUGUCUCAUCAGACCACAUGACCUUCUCCCAUUCCUCCUCUGGAUCAUCCAGAUGGUCAUUGGCAAACUUCAGACGGGCCUGGACAUGCGCUGGCUUGAGCAGGGGGACCUUGCGUGCGCUGCAGGAUUUUAAUCCAUGACGGCGUAGUGUGUUACUAAUGGUUUUCUUUGAGACUAUGGUCCCAGCUCUCUUCAGGUCAUUGACCAGGUCCUGCCGUGUAGUUCUGGGCUGAUCCCUCACCUUCCUCAUGAUCAUUGAUGCCCCACGAGGUGAGAUCUUGCAUGGAGCCCCAGACCGAGGGUAAUUGACUGUCAUCUUGAACUUCUUCCAUUUUCUAAUAAUUGCGCCAACAGUUGUUGCCUUCUCACCAAGCUGCUUGCCUAUUGUCCUGUAGGCCAUCCCAGCCUUGUGCAGGUCUACAAUUUUAUCCCUGAUGUCCUUACAUAGCUCUCUGGUCUUGGCCAUUGUGGAGAGGUUGGAGUCUGUUUGAUUGAGUGUGUGGACAGGUCUUUUAUACAGGUAACGAGUUCAAACAGGUGCAGUUAAUACAGGUAAUGAGUGGAGAACAGGAGGGCUUCUUAAAGAAAAUGAACAGGUCUGUGAGAGCCGGAAUUCUUACUGGUUGGUCGGUGAUCAAAUACUUAUGUCAUGCAAUAAAAUGCAAAUUAAUUACUUAAAAAUCAUACAAUGUGAUUUUCUGGAUUUUGUUUUAGAUUCCGUCUCUCACAGUUGAAGUGUACCUAUGAUAAAAAAUUACAGACCUCUACAUGCUUUGUAAGUAGGAAAACCUGCAAAAUCGGCAGUGUAUCAAAUACUUGUUCUCCCCACUGUAUAAAUAAAAUAUACAACAUUUUCCUUCAAGUAGCUAACGUAGCUACCGCCAGUGACAUGUGCCCGGUGAAGCAACUGCUGCCCAGUGGGAAGCAACAGUGGGAACUGGGAAACACCUCAAUACAACACUGUUACACUUGUCAUUCACACUGACUUGUCAUUAUGUUAGCUUAUUCGCAUGUCACGGUGACAUCCAGAUGGUGACCAAUACUACAAGUUAUUUCUCCCUCGCCCAUCGAAAUAAACAUCACUUUCUUUUACAAGUUUUAACUAGAUCCAUGCUGCUGUUGUUGCCAGCUAGCCAGCAUCAACUAGCUAUCUGGAAAGGACUCAUCAGGACGACUGACUCAACCGAAUCCAUUCGUCUCCACUCGACUCUCAGUUGCGCGACAUACAUCAUCAAUUUGGGCACCAGGUGUGUCCGAAUAGCCUCUCCCGUUUGAAUUGUUGCCACUAAUUGGCCCAAGUGGGAGCGCUGCAUCUUUGGUGGGGGACGACACUGUGCCUUGUUUCAAAUAGGUGUUACAUCAUGAGAAUGUGUGUGAUGUCUAUCAUACUGGUUGGAUGCGUUGUCAUUUUAUAUUAAAUAAGUUAGCCAAUUCUAUCCCCACUCCAGAUACAAGAACUACAGAGAGACACCAUGGUCCAACACCCCCUAUGACCUCUCCAAGGAGUUCUGGGCUGUACUGGCUUGCCGGCUGGCCUUUGUCAUUGGAUUUCAGGUCAGAUGCCUACACAAAAACAAACAUAUGAGUCAUUGAGGGUUCAAUCUUUUUAUGCUGAAAGCAUUUUGUCAUAUCCUUUUGAAUGACUGUUUUUGGAAUUUUAUUGAAGGUAUUGUGAAAGAAAUGCCACAAUCUGUACCAUCUUUUCUCCUUCUAGAAUGUGGUGAUGCUGAUGAGUGACUUUGUUGACUGGCUGAUCCCAGACAUCCCCAAGGACAUCAGUCUGCAGAUCCACAAGGAGAAGCUCCUCAUGGUGGAGCUCUUCAUGAAGGAGGAAGAGGGCAAGAAGCUCCUCCGAGACAACCACACCAACCAAAGUCCUCUUCAGCCUCGCUCUCGCCCUGCUUCGCAUACACCUUCUAACUGCUAGUGCCCUGGUGGGUGGCUCCAUCUGCCCAUUCAUCUGGUCUGGUCAAAAACCUUGGACUUGGACACUCCACACACACAGCGGCCUACUCAAGAAAAGAGGGAGGCAGUUAUUGGCAGGCUUCUGCACUUGCACCCCUUCUGACUUGUAGCAAGUCAUUGCCCAUCUUUUUGGUGAACCAGGUAUCAGGUAGAAGGCUCAGAGGGCUUUUUUUCUCUUUUGCACAAGAAUAAUACAAUGCAGGAAAUAUUUUUUGAAUAUGCAAUUUUGCUAGCUAAUGUUUUUAUUUUGUAACUUUUGCCUUUUUAAGACACUGAGAUCAGGUAAAGGAGCUUGCCAUUCUGUCUGUUUACCAUGCCAAUUUUCCCUUAUGUCAUGUUUUUUAUGUCCUGUUUGUUAUUAUACUAAUUAAUAUCUAUCAUGAGCUAGGUUUCCAUCCAAUUGGCUUAGAUUUUCAUGCGAAUAUUCUAAAAUCUGCAUAAAAACAAUAUGCACAUUUUCCCACCAGAGAUAUUUCCAUC